GCUUUGCUUCUAAAACAUGAGAUUCCAGAGUAUCUGUGAACUCAUGCCAGAUCAUGACUGCUAUAAGAAAGCUCAGCAUUCAUAAACUACUGACAAAAACAAGGUGAGAAUAGAAUAUCAAUAUAUAUAUAGAAAUGUCCAUAAAUGUUUAAUAAUAAGGAUAUCUUUUAUUUAUUUAAUUUUAAUAUACGUUUUCUAGUUAGCAUGAGCUCAGUAUGGACAAUAUCUCCUCCUAAUAUACAGCAAUAAUGUUUAUUCAAUUUUUUUUUUAAAACUUGUUUUUACUUUUUCUUUAUUUUUUAAUUUCUACUGGACUGGCAUUUACCAGUACAACCCUCUCCCCCUUUUCUGUCCAUGGGCUAAUAGACUCUUCGUGGUACCCCAAGCUGCUGUAUACUUCAUACUUCAAUAUCUUGCUGGCCAUUUUAUGCUCUUUAUAAGCAAUACUUCCCUGCUCUUACAUGCUACACUUGCUUUUGCACAGUCGAGUUUUAUUGAACUACUGACAUAACAGUUCGAUUCUGUUUUAGGUGUUUUUAUUUUGUUUUAGUUUUCAGAGUUUUUAGAGUUUUAGUGUUCACGAACUGUAGAGGCCGGUGUAAAAAAUAUAAUAGCUAGCUUUUUGCUUGUUACAGUAGGACUCCUAGACCUCCAAAAGGUAUUGUUCCAGUCCUAGUUUAUUUGGCUGUACUACAUUCGGAUGAGUAUGGCUUGUUAACCUUUUAAUAUUGUACUACAGCUGUGUGACGAUUGUCUGAUGUAUACUUUGUACUGGAUCGACAUAUAAAUAAAAAGUUUAUAAAACAAAUUGUUAGGAUAUCAUUGCAUUCAGUUUAUACACCGAGUACACAUGACAUGCUUCUAAUUGGCAAACUUGCAUGUGCAGGGUUUGAUGAAAAGGCAGUCCCAAUGAAUUAAUUACAAUGCAGGUUUUGUAAAUAAGGAGGCCUGUAUCACCCUUUUUAUUACUAUAGCAAAGGGGUGAUGGUCCAUGGGACAAUUGUUGUUGAUAGUAGAGGACUACAAUAGCUUGUCAAUAGCAAUUCUUGAACUUUUACUAAUAAGCCAUAUUAAAGAAUAUUAAAAAUGUAAGUCCACUAACAAGACCAAAAAAAGUGUUUCUGUUUUCAGAUAUUGCAUAGAGUAUGCUUGAUGUAGUAGUAUAUUAGUAGAUAUUGUUUGCACCUUAUUAUUAUUAGUAAUACUAGUAGUUAUGUCACUAACAUAUUCCCUGUCGUACUUUCUAUUUUCUUAUUGUUACUUCGUUUCUAUUACAUUUCACGUUUUACUUAAAGCUAAAUUUGUCUGGUAUUAAAAAGCAGUUUGGUGUCAUUGUUCCAUUGAAGACAGGGUCUCCAAGAAAUUCAUAAAUCUUAGUUCACAGGGAUUCACCGAGAUUUGGAAAUGAUAAAAAUAUACACAAGCUUAAAUAUAGAUAAAAUUUGCGCCGACAUAAACUACCAUAUGCAUAACAAUGUUUCCUGGGCAGCAAAUAUAGGACUUGGAUGAGAGAUGCUCACAUUGGAAUAAAAAAAAUAAAAAACUGUAUGUACACCAUCAAAGCAAUUUCUUACUGAAUCUUUUUUGUCACGAUCAGGUUUACUGGCCAGUCGGUUACAAUGGGGAGAGUGUGGGCAUGAAAGGGUUAAAUGCGAAGUGUCACUUCUGUUGACUCUAUGCUACUGAAGAAAACAUUGGAAAUCACCUAAAACUUGUGAUAGCAUUUUUUUUCAUAUGAUACUCCGUUUUUAAAAAUAUAUAUGAGAUAUUUAGCAAAUUACAUCAUAAUCCAGUUCGGACUAGGUUAAUCCAAGGCAAACAUUGCAAACGAGAAUGAUAGAAACAUUGUUUAAUUCCUCCUCCUCUCUGGAUGCUACCCUAUGCUGAGUGCCAGGUCCAAUGGACAGAGCAUCAAUGAUUGAUAGGGAGCAAGGUGAAGGUUCCAGAUAACAUAUUGUGGAUUUCUACAUUUAUUUUAUUUUUCAUGCCAUACAAAUUUCUUAAAAGAGGGAUAAAUAAACAUAGCGUUAAAAAUCUUUAGACAUGAUGGUCUGUAGUAAGGUUAGGAGUGGACCAAGAGGGAGGUUUGACAUCUAUCAAAGGAUGAAUAAUGUCUUGUUCAUCCAACAGCCUUACCAAUGUUUGUAAAUGAUCAUGAUCUUCUGUAGCUAUACCUAUUUCUUUACAUAACUUAUUCUCUCUGCGAUUAUGUAUAGAACAUAGUGCCAGUUUUCUACCGAACAAAUUGGUGUCCAUUGUCCAAUUAAAAACAUUAACCCCAGGCGUAGGAACAAAUGAAAGGCCUUUAUUUAAAAGUGAAAUAUGAUGUUUAGAUGAAGUAUAUGACUUUAUUCUCAUCACUCUUAGGGAUUUCAGUCGUUAUUGCCUCUUGUUGAUCCUCUCGGGCUUGUAUCACCAUUUUCCCCUGUCUCUUAGACGGCUCCUCUGUGGGGUAGGCCAUUCUUGAGCUAAAAAAGUUUGUGAUGUAUUACUUAGAGGUGUGGGAAUAGGGGUCUGGGUUUGUAAGAAUGUAACAGUUUUAUUCUAAUUACUUAAAAUCCCUCUUGAAUUUUGUCUUGAUCUAGAUGUCGAAUGGGAAUUUUUUCUAUUAUACAUAGAAUUAGAAUCUGAAUCAGAACCGUCAGUAUAUAGGCUCCUUGAAUUGGAUCUAAUAUUAAACCGUCUCUUAGGUUGUUUUUUUUAUACAAAAAAUAUUCCCUUCUUUAAAGUCAUUGUAAUCUCUCACAAACUUUUGGUGCUUUUUCUCUUUAAUAAAGGUUGUGAAUGAUUCCAAAUCGUUUUGCAGUUUUGUCUCCAUUAGUGAAUAUUCAGGAUUAUUUUGAAAGUUCUUAGCUUUAUUAAUUUCCUCCUGUAAAUUUUUGUUAGUUAGAUCUAAUUCCUCUUGUUCUAAUUCUAUUAGAAAUGGCAUUAGUUUAGAAGAGCAGUCUAAUAGAAUUGUGUUCCACCUGGUUAACUUUUCAUCAUUAUCCACUUUCACUAGGGUUGAGAUCUCUGGUCUGAGUUUAGGGUGGCGAUUUAAUAUAGAUGAGUGAGACAUAAGACAUUGAUUUUGUGCCGACAAGUUCCUGCGAUUAGUAGAACUAGUUAGAGUAUACUCCAGAAACUAGAGAUAGUACUUACCUCUCCUGAUAAUAGUUUCUUUACGGUAUUUCAGAGACGUUCUCUUUGGGGGGUUGAUGUGUGGGGUAUUGGGCUUGCUUCCGAGCCCUCCUUCCUUUCCCCUCGUCACACAUUAUCACGAGAAGUGGCUAUGCUGAAUAUUUAGGCGUGUAUAGGGCUAGUGUGCUUUUAUGCCUUUCGGUGGAGUUGGGCAUUUGAAUAGACAGGGACAACACUAACAGUUAAUCGGUUACAUUUUUCUAUCUUAUUGUAACGAGAGAAGUCUAUUACAGUAACAACAACAAGAAACAUUGUUACAUGAGGCUAGCUACUUCCAAUAACGGAUAUAUGAAUAUCCAGAUAUACUUUAUCUGAUUAGGAAAUCCUAAAUUACAGGAGAUAUUUGCAAUAUAUUUAUUAUUUCCUAUUGUGGUUGAGAGAUCAGGAACUAUCAUUAGAUAUCGGGCGUAGACUCAUCUAUCCUUUUUUACACUAAAUGGGUAACUAAUAAAUAAGACCAUUUAUGGAAAUCCACUUAGGAGAAUACAGGAUUUCACUUUGCACACCCUGCAAUUAGCUUACCAAAAGCAAGACUUUGUAGGUAAAUUUAUUUAUGACAUUUCAUGAUUUCAUUAUAAGGACUAAGAAAGUCUGCAGCGGGCAUUUCAUCAUUUAACCUCGCUUUAGUGAAAUCACUAAGUCAUCUACUUAUGGUGGUCAGCACCAUUAUGUGUGUAGUUGUAUGUAAUUUUUUGGUGUAAUUGUGUGUAGUACCCUUAGGGUUAAGGGACUUUUUAGAGUUAAAAUAUUAAAAGUGACGUUUUAAUUGAUAGUUUUAACACAAUAUCUUAGUGUUCCUCUGGUGGCAAUACAAAGUAAAACGGGAAUCCCCAACCUCUUCUUUUCUUUUCGUUAAUCUAUUAGGGGUUAACCCCCAGGGGGUUCCGGUGCUUUAAGGCUCUUCUUUCUUCUCUCUUUACAUCCUUUUAAAUUAACAGUAUUAAAACCUCUUCACAAAACUAAAUAUUUGCAGAAAUUAGAGCCUUAGUAAAUUUAACUAAGAGCAUUUUGGCACUUCACUUAACCACGUUAUUACCAACCUCUGCCAAAAGUGAUGGUAAUAUUUAAUUGUAUGUCUUCUUCCAAUACAUAGUUCAUUUUCUUUGGGGAUUUCACAGACCAUGUGUUCGCCUAAUCAUAAAAACUCCAUAUUUGUAUUUUGACACCAAGUACAGCAAUACCCCACGUAUAGACCUUUACCAGACUUUUGAUAAAAUGUAGGGUCAAAUUACAAGCAUGCCAAUUUCAGUUUUGAAAUGUCCAAUUUUCACCAAUUGAUCUACUGACCCAUGCCCCUGUUAGACAAAAUAGAGACCCCAACUACACUUUUUGCUCCCAGCGUGCAGUGUUUAAUAUUGGGGCACUUUGUGUGUUUUCGCCAUUUAAAUCAUCAAUAUAUGCCAAAUAUUGCAGUUAAUUUUAUUAUUUAAUUAUUUUUCACAUACAUAUUGAAUUACACAUGCCUUUAGUGUUCUACUACUUCAUAGACCUUUAAAUUCUGCUUCAUCUCUGCAGUCAGCAAUACCUCACAUGUAUACAUUUGCAGGAUUUAAAGGGAAACUUACAGGGUCCGUUUGAGGCAUGCCCUAAUUUUGUCAUGGUUUGCCAUUUGACACUGGUUAGCAAGGUGACACAGAUUGUGUUGCAGUUGGUCCAGGGCAUCCAGUUUAAAAAUCUAACACGUUUCUUGAUUUCUGGAGGGAUUUAAUUUGUUAACCAACUGUUCUGUCAUAAAUCUCUGAAUCACACCGCACAUGUACAUAUUAUUUUUAAAGUAGACAACCAAGGGUAUUCAAUAUGGGGUAUGUCCAGUCUUUUUUAGUAGCCACCUAGUCGCAAACACUGGCCAAAGAUAGCGUUCAUAUUUGUUUGUGUGUGAAAAAAGUAAAAAACUAAAUUGAACGCUAAUUUUGGCCAGUGUUUGUGACUAAGUGGCUACUAAAAAGACUGGACAUACCCCAUUUGCAAUACCUUGGGUUGUCUUCUUUUGCAAAUGGUAUGCCAUCAUGGGGGUAAUUCUCAUUCCUGGGCUACCAUACGCUCUCAAAGGCAACGUAACCAACCUGGCCAUUUUCAAUGUAAAAAUAUUUGACCCAUAUAUUUGACCCUGUAACUUUCAAAAACGCUAUAAAAUCUGUACAUGGGGGUACUGUUAUACUCGGGAGACUUUGCUGAACACAAAUAUUAGUGUUUCAAAACAGGAAAACGUAUCACAACAAUUAUAUCAUCAGUAAAAGUGCUGUUUGUGUGUGAAAAAUGCAAAAAAAAAGUCACUUUCACUGACAAUAUCAUCGCUGUGAUAUGUUUUACUGUUUUGAAUCACUAAUAUUUGUGUUCAGCGAAGUCUCCCGAGUAAAACAGUACCCCCCAUGUACAGGUUUUAGGGUGUCGUAGAACGUUACAGGGUAAAAUACAGUGCUAGCAAAUUAAAUUCUCUGGAAUUUCGGCCUGGGUUGGCAAGCAGGUCCCUCAAAUUGCAAUCAAUAAAAUUACUGAAUUAUGUAAAAAUAUUACAUAAAUAUGCACAUAGAAUUUAAAUAUAUAUGCAUAUUUAUAUAUUUGAAGUCUACGUGUAUAUUUAUAUAAUUAUUUAUGUAAUUUUGUAUAUGGACAUAUGUAUAUUUUGUAUUAUUUUUAUUUAUUUAUAUAUAUAUAGAUAUAUAUACAAUUUCAUUCUAAGUGUAUUUUGAUAUAUAUAUAUAUAUAUAUAUAUAUAUUUUUUUUAAUAUCAAAAUACAGUUAGAAUAAAACAUUUUAUAUAGAUAUAUAAUUUUUUUACAUUUUUUAUUAUUUUUAUUUAUUUAUUUAAUUUAAUUUACUUAUUAUUUGUAUUUUAUAAUAAUAUAUAUAUAUAUACAAUAUAUAUAGUUAUUAUAUAUAUUAUAUAUAUAAGUGUGUAAUUUAAUUAUAAGUGUUUUUUUAUAUUAAUAUAUGUACAUAUUAAUAUAAAAAUACACUCAGUAUGACAUUAUAUAUAUGAUAUAUAGACAUAUAUUAUAUAAAUAUAAUAUAUGUCUAUAUAUCAUAUAUAUAUACACAUAUAUAUUUAUUAUUUUUAUUUAUUAAUAUUAAACUUUUUAUUUUUUUUAUUUUACACUAGCAGGGAGACUGCCUGUGUCUGCAGGCAGACACAUGGACACCCAUUGUGACCAUGUGAUCACUCUGUUAAGCGAUCACAUGGCCACAGGGGUCCUAAUCCGCCAUGGGGAGACUGUCUGGGCUGCAGGCAGUCUCCCCACACUGGGAGCACCGCCGAUCGCCACCGGGGGAACAACGGCGAUCGGGUAAGUACAUAAGACCGUUAGGAUGGUUCAGGACCGUCACCGGUCGGCAAUGCAAAAAUGCUGAUGACGGUCCUGAACCGUCCUAGGUCGUUGAGGGGUUAAACAUCUGCACAAACUGAAAAAAUCACUUGUUCAGGCAGAUAAUUCCACAUCUUUAUUGUUCGUACUGUAAAAACCCCUUUCCUUUGCCUUAUAUGAAAUCUCCUUUCUUCCAGUCUAAAUGCGUGAUCUUGUGUCCUAUGUAUAGCCCUGUUUAUGAACAUAAUUCCAGAUAAUGGUUUGUAUUGGCUCUGAAUAUAUUUGUUUAAUGCUUUUAUAUCCCCUCCGAGGCACUGUUUUCCCAAAUAAAACAGAUUUAAAUGUGUUAAUCUUUCUUCAUAACUAAAAUGUUGCAUUUUUGUAUUAUUUCAUUGCCCACCUCUGCACUUUUCUUUCUUUAGAACCGAUGCCCAUAUCACAUCCACUGCAACACCCUGAUCUAUACUUCUGCUCACUUCUUCGUAGUAUGCAAUUAAGUCAGUCUGACAUGACCCAUGUAAAACCAUGCCGAUUUUUGCUAAUAAUAAUGUUCUUCAGAAUGAAUUCCUGUAUCCCUUAAUAACACGUCAAAUACUUUCCUUGUCACAGAAAUAAAGCUCACAGGUGUAUAAUUUCAAGGCAACAAUUCUGAACCCUUUUUGAAUAUAGCAACCACACUUAUUUCCACACUUAGCUCUUUAAAUUCUUGUGGGGAAAUACUGUCAGGCCCCGGGCUCUGUUUACAUUAACAUUCUGUAGUUGUUGCUGUUUUGAGUCAUCCAAUCACAAUUAUUUAGCAGCAAUCAUUUGCAUAUCUCAUGCGAUAGAUUCCUCCUUAACAUAUGUAACGGAUCGCCUGGCACCCCGACUGGGUACCUCCGUUAAAGGAUGCUCCUAGCGCUUCCUGAGGACUCCAAGCACUGCAGCAGACACCACAACCACCGAACCGGAGAAGCAUAUGAAUCCUCUCAAGCAUAUGAAUGUUGUAGACAGUUGAAUAGGAACCAUACGAAUAGGUUUACUCUCCUAGCAGUCAAACUGGAACAGCAUACAAUAAAUCCUUCCCCCAAUAAUGAGACGACACUUCACUUUGAGGGUUAAAACAGGAACUCAAGUGCUGGCACACCCAGCCUGGUUUUUAUUACAAUCCACAAAACAUAGUACAGCCCACAGGGUGUUACAAAACAACCAAUCAAUCCAUACAAUACACCCAGACACUCCCACACAAAAUCCUCCCCUCUGCAGGUGAUAUGAUUACUGAACACAAUGGGUAAUCUCAUUAUCACUGGCAGAGGAAUACAGUUUUUAUACAAUAUUUAUAACUUCUAAAAUAUACAUGUCACAAACAUAAAACAUACAUUUUCAUAAUCAGUCCAUUCAGGGGAACAACAUAUUAAAAAAUGGCACGAAUCAGACAAGGGGUUCAAAAGUUAAGGGAAAGUCCUUUGUGACUAAAUGAAGCAUGGCUUUCUGGCCCAAACCAGUUUCAGAGUCUUCUAUCCUGGAGAGUAAUUCAAUUAUCUCCCAGGAUAGACACAAGACUCCAUUAAGCACAUGGUUGCAAAAAGACACAAAACACUUUAAAAUACAUAAAGUCACAUUUACACAUAACACACAGACAUUUCACAUAUCCCCAGAUAGCUGGGAUCUGAGUGCACAUUAUUAGAUGAAUGGCACUCAGAUCACACAAAUAAGCCUUUCUGCAGGGGAAAUAAACAGUUUAACCUGCAAGGCCAUAGUCCAAAGGGAGCAGGCGAGCAACCAGGCUUCUCCAGUUCACAGUGGCGAGGUUGGUUUCGCCACACUUCUCCCCUUUACCAACUAGACUACCAGGGUAUCUGACCUCCUGCCGGUCAGUGCCCUGGUUAGUCCAGCAACCCACCCACAAAACAGAAACAGCAGUACAGCCCACCCACAAUAACUGGUUACUACACCUGGGCAGAGGAGAACUUUGUCCAUGUCCAGGUGCCUCACCACGACUGUGUGGGCAACUGUUAGGCUGCCUUGGUGGGUUGCUGAGUGGGCAGAGACCAGCGGUACUCUGCCCUGAUGCCAGUGCUACCACGGAAGUAGCCUGGUGGGAGCCUGGUUGUGGGAGGGAGAGACCGACUGUCUCCCCUCUGGAUACACCGCUCUGUGGCUGGGGAACAGGACCGACUGUCCCUACCCCUUGUGCUGUAAGUGCAGAGACUACAGUCCCAUCUGCACUGUUGGGGGUGUAACAUCUCCCCUUGCUGGGUUAGGCUGCCGCUGGAGAGAGGGUGUAACAAGCUCCUCUCUCUGAACUGUAAACUGCCGCUGGGGAGAGGGGGUAUCAGGCUCCUCUCCCUGACACUCUCUCUGCUGGUGGAGAGGGGGACCAGCUGUCUCCCCUUUCAUUAUUUUGUCCUGUGGUUGGGGUGCGAGACUGACAGUCUCUGCUCCCUGCAGGACACUCUGCCGCUGGGGAGGAAGGACGGCACCUUCAGCUCCCUGGGGUAAACACUGCCGCUGGGCAGGAAGGACUGCACCUUCUGCUCCCUGGGGUACACACUGCCGCUGGGGAGGAAGGACUGCACCUUCAGCUCCCUGGGAUACACACUGCCGCUGGGGAGGAAGGACGGCACCUUCAGCUCCCUGGGACACACAGUGCCGCUGGGGAGGAAGGACGACACCUUUGGCUCCCUGGGACUCACACUGCCGCUGGGGAGGAAGCACGCAACCACACUGCCUGGGGAGGAAGACUGGCACCUUCAGCUCCCUGGGACACACUGCCGCUGGGGAGGAGCUCACCUUCAGGGGAUACAUACUGCCGCUGGGGAUCUGGGCUGACUGCCCAGCAUCCCUGUAGGGCCUUGUAGAGAGACCUCGGUCCCAUCCCCACCUGCCAGCUGGGUGUCUUCCCAGGACAAGUCAAUAAGGUCUUCCAUCUCUGGGGCUGGUUGGGACAUAUGUGGUACAGUACCAAGUCUCCUGAUAACAGGCUUGGUUGCUGGGGAGGAGGAACUAAACUCAAUGCUUGCGGUGGUAUACAGUCAAUAAGCCCCAUCAUGUCAAAGACAGGCGGCGUUAUACGUUGGAAUAGGCAAACAUAAUCCUGUUCUAGUUCCCACUCUCGGUUGGCAAGAAAAGAUAGAUCUGGCUGAAUGGCAUCGAUCUCUGUAAGGUCCCAGUUGUCUGCCCGCUCAGCUCGGAUGGACCAGAAGCGAGCAAUGUCGGUGUCUCCGAACCAGAGACUAGUUUCAAUAGUAUCCCACAACAAACCAGGGCCGUCGUAGUCUUCCCCCUCAAUACACUUGUACUCAAUCAGCCAUGGGUAGAGGUGGUAAACAUGCCACCGCAGGGCCCGAUAGGAAUCAUCCAGCCACACCUCAGUCUCAACUAGCGUCUCCAGUUCGCUUACCCAUUCCUCUGAGGGCUUGUUUCCCAAUAACGGCAUCCGCAGCUCUAGUUGUUCUGCUUGGCGCUGGUUAGUGGUCAGGAUUUCCUCGCACCGGAAGGGUCGAAUUUCGUCGAUGUCCUCCUUCCAGAGAUCGGUACGAAGCGCCACCCUCCACUCUGUCUCUCUUUCCUCUGGGAUAGGAUACUCCAUACUGCGCAUCACAUCCUGUAGUCGCUGCUGGAGCCUGGCGUCAAAGUGAGAUACUGCACGGCCUUCCAUCUCUGAAGUAGUGCUGGUUUUCCCAAAUCUUUAUGUAGACAGGGACGCUGUAUGAACACUAGCGUCGCCUUCAAUUUGUAAAUCCACGAACUGUGUCUCUGAGUUGCUUUACCUCGCACUAGGACGCCAUCCCACCGCUUGCCACCAAUUUAACAGAUCGCCUGGCACCCCGACUGGAUACCUCCGUUAAAGGAUGCUCCUAGCGCUUCCUGAGGACUCCAAGCACUGCAGCAGACACCACAACCACCGAACCGGAGAAGCAUAUGAAUCCUCUCAAGCAUAUGAAUGUUGUAGACAGUUGAAUAGGAACCAUACGAAUAGGUUUACUCUCCUAGCAGUCAAACUGGAACAGCAUACAAUAAAUCCUUCCCCCAAUAAUGAGACGACACUUCACUUUGAGGGUUAAAACAGGAACUCAAGUGCUGGCACACCCAGCCUGGUUUUUAUUACAAUCCACAAAACAUAGUACAGCCCACAGGGCGUUACAAAACAACCAAUCAAUCCAUACAAUACACCCAGACACUCCCACACAAAAUCCUCCCCUCUGCAGGUGAUAUGAUUACUGAACACAAUGGGUAAUCUCAUUAUCACCGGCAGAGGAAUACAGUUUUUAUACAAUAUUUAUAACUUCUAAAAUAUACAUGUCACAAACAUAAAACAUACAUUUUCAUAAUCAGUCCAUUCAGGGGAACAACAUAUUAAAAAAUGGCACGAAUCAGACCAGGGGUUCAAAAGUUAAGGGAAAGUCCUUUGUGACUAAAUGAAGCAUGGCUUUCUGGCCCAAACCAGUUUCAGAGUCUUCUAUCCUGGAGAGUAAUUCAAUUAUCUCCCAGGAUAGACACAAGACUCCAUUAAGCACAUGGUUGCAAAAAGACACAAAACACUUUAAAAUACAUAAAGUCACAUUUACACAUAACACACAGACAUUUCACAUAUCCCCAGAUAGCUGGGAUCUGAGUGCACAUUAUUAGAUGAAUGGCAAUCAGAUCACACAACUAAGCCUUUCUGCAGGGGAAAUAAACGGUUUAACCUGCAGGGCCAUAGUCCAAAGGGAGCAGGCGAGCAACCAGGCUUCUCCAGUUCACAGUGGCGAGGUUGGUUUCGCCACAACAUAUACUGCCGAAAAAUAGUUGCUUUUAAAUUUCUGCCUUUUCCUGGUCUUCAAUAACUAAAACACCUAUUUUUUGGUUUUUAGAAUGUAUGUACUUAAAAAAUGUUGGGGUUGUUUUUGCUCUCUCAUUUUCUAGUUUAGCCCAUCUGCUUUCAUUUUUGCAAGCAUUAUUGGCUUCCUUAUAUCUUAUAUAAGAUCCCUCUGAUUGGUUUGAUUUAAAUUGUUUAAAUGCCCUUUUUGUAUUUUUAAUUUCUUGUUUUACAUUCCCACUAAGCCUCAUUGGAUUCAGUUUGUUUCUUUUAUAUUUAUUACCCAAUGGUACAUACGGAGAAUGUACCUUUCUAAUAUUUGUGUGAAUACAUUCCAUUUAUCCUUAGUGGUUUUUUUUUCACUAAGGAGUUUAUGUCAUUCAAUAUGUUGUAAAGCUGACCUUAUCUUAUUGAAAUUGGCCUUUUUAUAGUUAUAUGUUUUAAUAUACUCCUGUGCAUUUGUUUAUAUGAGUUUAUUUCAAGACACCAUAUUGCGAUCACUAUUUCCCAAGUGCUCCCCAAUUUGAAGUUUUGUUAAGAGAUCAACAUUGUGUGUUAUAACCAGAUCCAGACAAGCAUCCUUUCUAGUUGGUGCUUGUACCAGUUGUGACAUGAAGGUGUCAUUUAAUGGGUUCAAAAACCAUAUUCCACUUGCCGAACUACAAGCUCCCUCUAUCCCAAUGUUUGUCUAGGCAAUGAAAAUCUCCAAUAAUUACUGUGUCAUCCUGAUGUGCAUCUUUUCCAAUUUGCUCUAACAGCUGUUCUUCUUCAAUAUCAACAUUAGGUGGUGUAUAACAUAUCCCAACUAGAGAUGUCGCGAACUGUUCGCGAACUUUUCGCGAACGGCUCGCCGCGGUUCGCCAGCAGACCCUCCCUCCCAGACCCUCCCACCUCCUGGACAGCAUCCAUGUUGAAGGCAGCUGAACAGUUCGCGACAUCUCUAAUCCCAACCAAUAACUGAUUUCCCUUCUUUUGCCCCAAGCAGAAAUCUACCCACAUUUUCUUUCUCACAUGCCACUUGCUUAACUCAUGGUUGACAUACAAACAUACACCACCUUUCCCGUUUUUUUUUUCUAUUCUUCCUAAAUAAUUUGUGAACAUUUAAGUUAACUGCCCUGUCACGUGUCUCAUCCCACCAUGUUUCCGUUAGGCCUGUUAUGUCAUAUUGCUGAGUGUAUGCUAUUGUCCCUAGUUCCCGCAUUUUGUUAUUUAGGCUCCUUGCAUUAGUAAGCAUGUAUUUAAUUAUAUCAUUUUUUUAAAUAUUUUAUGUGAAUUUAUAUUACUAUUACAUACCUCCACUGCACUGAUUGCCCCUCCCCAUCGCCAGUCCCCUUGUGUUGAGCUGGAGCCCAUUUCCCUUCUGUCCUAUAUCCAUUUUGUAGAUUUAUGUGCGUGUCCCACCACUUAUUUAAAAUCUCUCACCUCUUAGGUGCAAUUCAUCACGACUAUAAAGAUUGCACCCAAGCACAAAAUUGGCCCGGUGCUCUAAAAAGCCAAAAUCCUUCCUAUACCAUGACUUUAGCAAAACAUUAACCUCCCUAAUCUACCACUGCCUUACAUAUGUGGUGGGUGGUGCAGGUAAUAUUUCUGAAAAUACUGCCUUAGAGGUCCUUUUCUUCAGUUUACUUCUUCAUUUCCUGAACUCAUUAUUUAAGGUCCUGCAUCUUGCUCUAACUUUGUCAUCGGUACUAAUAUGGACCAUGACAGCCGGGUCAUCACCAGACCCACCCAAUAAUCUAUUCACUCUGUCAGCAAAAUUUCAGAACCGAGCAUCUGGAAGACAGCAAGCUGAGACUGAGAUGAUCAGAGCGGCAGAUUACCCGAUCUACUCUCUUAAUAAUAGAGCCCCCAACACCACAACCUGUCCAACCUGUCCAACCUGUCUUACAUUCUCAAAUUCAGCUGUAAUAAAGGGGCUAUCCCCUUGGCGUUAGAAGGAACAGCUUCCUUCAGUACAGCUACUCCUGAGCUUACGCUCCCAACAUCUUUACUCAAAUGGUGUAAGGCUUUUAUGUAGAAAAUGAAGAACUGGAACACAACUGCAACGCUUUAAUUUGUCACUUAAAGAGGAAAUUUUAGCAAGAACAGAAUAUAACAGUGAAAUGUGGAGAAUUAGUAUCUGUAUCUUUAAGAUUUUUCUUAAGAUGUAUCUUCACUUUAAUAAAAUAGAUAUGUAUAAUUUCACUUUACAUUUCUUAAAAGGCUGUGUAGAAAACUUAACAAUUUUGACCAGAUAGAUAUACAAUUUAGACAGCUUGAAAAGAUGAUUGGAAAUUUAAAACUUUUUGAUUAACUUAACUGUCACUUUAACUUCUUUUAAGCAGUUGUACUUCAAUUGAUAGAUUGUCAGUAUGUUAGCAGUCUCCCGUAACUUUAGAAUACUUGGAAAGGAAUAGAGUCUCUUUAAUGGAAUAUCACUUUAAAUAAAUUCAGGAUAUGUAGACACAAUGUCGCCUCCUUCAAUAGUAAUAAAGUCCUUUUAAACAAAAGUUGAAAGUAUCUUGGCAACUUUAGUUAACACAUUCCAAGAAAUAAUAAUGCCAAGUAAACAUCUUUGUAUUAAUGGGAAAUCUGUAUCCAGAAUGAGAACCAAUAAACUUGCACUUAGUUCUUAUUCACUUAAUUCCGGAUUUGUAUAAAUGAAAGCUAUAAGUUUACCGUAGAAUGAGAUUUUAUAGAUUUUAUAAGCAAUAAAAGUGUCUUGCAGUCCGAGUUUAGGAUUGGAGAAAACAGCAGAAACGAGAUCACAAGUAGAGGUUUGGUACACAGGCAAAAUUGGUAAGUAUCUUAAAUGGCAAUAUUGAAUUGCUGGAAACACACUGAGUAAAGUGAGUAAGUGAUUCAAUAGUGCUGUAAAUCGGACUAAAUAGGCGGGCCUCUGAUGUCCGACACAAAGGCGGGGAGAUUGGCGAAACAUGGAAGUGCGGCAAGGGGCUUGCCAACCGCUGUAUGUGACACAGGCAAAUCUGUAAGGCAAAGUCAGGACUAGCAAAACCCUUUCUCUUCCCUCCCUGCCAUUACCAUGUGAUACUGUUACCCAGCUACGUGCCUGUUCCCCAGCUGUAUUAUCGUCUCCCAUUAUACUAGAGGCGCCAACUAAACUCUGCUCAGUGAGCAGCAGACCCCUUUCAAUAUUGCCAAUCUGUCUCAAUGUUGCAAAUCGCUUCUCCAGAUCUCCAAUACAAGCUUACAGAGAAACUACUUGCUCACCCCUGCCAGAGAAUAUGGACCCUGGACAGAUUCACCCACGCAUGCAUACAUGUAGCAAGAUAAACAGAGUUUUAUUAUUAUUAUUAUUUAUACAGCUCCAACAAAUGCAGAAACACUGAACAAGGGGUGGAUUAUUAUCAGUAUUCUAAAUGAAGGUACUGUUCAUUAUAUUUACAUACCUCCCAACAUUUAAAAUGGACAAAAUCGGACAUUCAUUUCAGAAGUGUGAGUGAGCGUGUGACCAGGGUGAGGGGCUGGUCUGUGUAACAUGUUUUUCUAUGGUGACCUAGUAAUCAUUUAUAUAACUAAAUUGUAAUUUAGAACAAGACCAAUGUAUCUUAUUUACACAGACUCAUUUUUAAACUCAAUUAGUGUUGUUUAAAGAUACAUUAAUUACUGUUACAACUAUUGCUGUGGAGCUCUGUUAUACAGUCAGACACAGAGUUGUGACCAAAAUAGGGACUGUCCCUCCUAAAUAGGGACAGUUGGGAAGUAUGUUUUUAGCAUCUAAAAAAUGAACUACAUUGAAAGUGUAAUACAUUUAUUCACAACCAUGCAAUCAAUUUUGUAGCCUUGCACUAUCACCAAUCAUUACAACCCUCUAUAUUAUUUCUUUUUCUUUAGUGUAUCAAUCUACACACCAAGUGCCUUCAGAAUUCCCAACCCCUUUCAAUUAACGUACUCUGCAUGCCUGUAGCUUGCAUCACUGUUUGCACCAGAUAAUACAGUUUAUUAAUCUCCUUUUUCCCCCACCUAAUAGGGCGUAUGCUUUGUAUUGGACAGUGCUAUGCUCUAGCUGGCCCUAGCUCUCUUCCUAGUAUACUCCAGCAGCAAAACUGGCAGGAUUUUUAUUUUUCUUAUAAGCAAUUGCUGCCUGCUGAAAUGGCUCCAAUAAGCACUGCCUCUCUAUAGAAGAUCCUUCCCUUCUCUCAGCUAUCAUAAGAAGAAUGGCUAAUAGAAUAGAUCCAGAGCUGACACUGCCUUGGAGGCUGUCCCCUGUUUUCUGACUGUGUUUCCAAUGCAUCAUCCUGUUUAUUAUUAACCUGCAGACAGCUGGACAUAAGAGACAUCUUAGAAUGGAAUACCAGCUGUAUCAAGGUAGGGAUCCAGAGAAAAUAGCCUUUUCAGUGCGUGUGACAAGAGGGAGAUUGCUGCCAUAGAGUCAGCGUUGUAAUAGAGCUUGUUUACAACUGCCACCUGUCACAGCAUGAUAUCAGCAAAACUGAGAUCCUGUUGCUUUAAAACAUUCUAUUGUGUUCUAAAAAUCAGGUCAGGUGUCAGAACGACACACUGUGAACGUUGCUAUUGCACAAUUACAAUGUAUGUAAUGAUAUUCAUGUAUCUGUUAGUGUGACAGCAUAGGCCAGCCGAGGUCCUUGUUCGGUGAGCUUGCAAUCUGUUUCUUUGUAAUUUAAAUCAAUGUAAGGGGUUUGUGGCAAGCUAUCCAGUUUAGGUGGAUGUGGUGAGUGUAUCUGAUUCCCAUCUUGGCAUAUAAAUAGUUCGGUGAUAUUUUGGAAACGUGGUUAUUUUAUUGAACCUUUCAGGGCACAGUGGUACACAGAUUUCCUGAUGUGGUUUAUUCAUUAAACAGUUAUUUGUAAUAGCACAACAUUUUGAACGUGUUCUCCAGAUCCUCCUAUAUGCUCAAAACUUUGAUUCUGCAAAAUUUCACAUCUCUAUAGAUCACUGACUAGUAGUUAUCGCUUUUAUGGCUCACUCCUGAGGGAUCUAUUCACUAAACAGUGUCGCAAAAUAGCAGAUUUUCAAGAAAAUGUCCAACUUGGCUUAGUUGGUAAUAUUUCAGAAUUUUAACGAUUUUUAGUCUAUUUUUUUUUCUUUUGUCCCUAAGACCCUAAGUAAAUAAGCAAAGCAAGGCAGGUCUGAAAAUAUUUACAAAUGGAUUCCUGAGCCAGGAUGACUCUCCCUUGGAUACAUACUUUAAUUGGACAUACAAUGAUGUCACAGCAAUGUCAACACACCUACUAACAUUGUUUUAGGGAUCUGUUAGGAUCAAAAGGCACAGUCAAGCUUUUCCUGUUACUCAGAAGCACAUGCUCUGCAAUGAAGCAGAUGGUUGAUAAGGUAGGUUUUCAAGGUUCAUGUCCUCUUAUCAACUAAUAAUUCCAUGAGUUUGAGAUAAAAAUAGUGAAGGAAAAACUGAGGGAACAAUGAUGAUUAUUUACAGAUUUAACACCCUAUUUUAAUGAACUAAAAUCUGAAUUGCAAAUGUUAAAGUGGCACUGUCACCUCCUCCGGAAUAAUGAAUCUUUCAUAAAGAUAAUGUAUCCUUCAUGCUAAAAUAUAUAUGAAAUACUUAUUUUGACUGUGUUGAAAUGUUACUGAUAUUCCCACCCAUUCAAGAGAUAUACAUUUUGUCUCUGUAUAUUUCCUCAGCCUGACUUUCUUAGACACUUGUCUCCAGUGAUGGCUGCUGGGAGUGGUGCUUUCCCUGGAGGGUCAGGAUCCUCCAUAGGCCUCAAUGCUGUGUACUCUCACACAUACGUACAGCAGUGACGUAGGCUCCAGGUGCUUAAUAGGAGCAGACGGAGGAAUAUGGCUAUGACCACCGUACUCCCCAGCGGCGAUGUCACCAUUGGGGUCUUAGCGAAUUCGGCAAAGUCCUCAAACAGUGACAGUGCUGCUUUAAGCAAAAACUCAUUUGGGAAACUUCUCUAAAUCACCUUUAUUCACGAAUUGGCUGCUGUACACUAAAUAUUGCAAUUUGGAUUUCAAUUUAUUACAAUGUAAUAUGUAGCCCACAAUGUUUAACAAUCUUUCGCCAUAUGUUGUAAUCCAGCUUUCAUCAUUGGCAUCAAUAAACUACUAUAUAUUUUUGGGUCUGGUCUUGCCUCUUUAAAGGAACACUCUGUGCACCAUAGCAACUGCAGUGUUCUGUAGUUGUUAUGGUGCCAGCAGUUCCUUGGCACCCCUCUCUGAUUGUAAGUAGCCAAAUUGUUUUAGAAAGUUUUGACUACUUAUCUGGGGCCUGAACAGCACCAAUCCCCACCUCCGCUAUGAGGUUCAGAAAGCCAGAGCCUCUUGUUCUAUAUUCUUUAAAUGAUCUUCUUGAGAUACUGUGAUAUCCCAAUAUCCUCUCCAUCAAUUCUUACAGAUGCAGACUGGUUUGCUGUAGGAUUGCUGUCUAGCAGUGGUAACAGAUCAGCUGGGAGAGAGCAACAUAAAGGGACAUAAACAUUAGGCCAUCACUCAAGGGACAGCCUGGCUUUCCUGUUAUGUAGUCAAAGGUAUAAGAGGACAAUUGAGUAAACAAAAUAGGCAUUAAAAAUCACAUUCUACUUUUGUGUAGUAACAUUACAAUAAAAAAAAAAAAAAGUAAUUACCAGGACAUUCUAGGCGCCACUUCUUAACCACUUCAGCAUUUUUAGGUGCUUAUGGUGCCAGUAUUCCAUCCAUGCAGACUUCCGCAGCAUCAGGACCUGUCUCUGUGAUGACUUGUGCUGAAUGUGCACCAAUUAUCAGAUAAACUAGGACAUGCUUUGGACUUGAAAGCGCUUGCUCAUAAGGAGCAGUGUCGGAUGUCUCUUCCAUAUCAGUGUUGACAUAUCAAAUUGUGAAAUUCCAUGCUCUCUGACUGACAGGUCCUCUAGGUGGAGGUACGAGCUCCAUGUUAAGGUCUCAUUUUGUCAGUUUGCUAUAAUUUAAUUAUAGUAAAGCAGAGUUCAUGGCCUGGCACGGGCACCAUAGCCACUUAUCUAGCUUAGUACAUGGAUUUCCUGAGCUGCAGGGGAGGGGGGUGGCUAACACAAGGCAGACCCCAGGUAAGUUGUCAAACUAUUCUUAAAUGUUUUGAUUGCUUAUCCUGGGAGGGCAACAGGGCACUGUUAGGCUGUAGUGGUUAUGGCUCUUUAAAUGGUGAAUAAGUCAAUGAAAAACCAUAAAACCACAGUGCUGGGCUUCAAAACAAAACAUAUAGUGCAAUUUCAUAAAAUGUGUUUCUAAAUCUAUGUAUAAUUGAUGAUUUAUGUUGAAUUAUUUGUAUGGACACUUGAUGUGUAUAGGGCAUGCAGCUGUAAAACCAAAUUUGUCACCUUAUAAUCAUACAAGCGCCUUGGACUUUGUUUUGGUAUAUUGAAAAAAAGUAUGUAAAUUUAUUUAAUUACAUUUUUUUAAAUGGUUACUCCAAGCACCAUGAUCACUUCAGUGUUUGGAAGUUGUUAUGCUGGUUGGAGUCACUGUAUGUGCAGUAUUUCACUUUAAAACACUGCAUAUAUAGAGUUUAACCCCUCUGCUGCUGGAGGUAUAAUGUCCUUAGCUAAGCCAGAACAAAAGCUCCAGGCUCGCUAAUGUCAAUUCUGUCCAUAUCCUUAUGUACAAAAUUGCAUCCAUUGGCUGAGAGCCGUCAGCUGACAUCUCUGUAACAGACGGAUGUCGUCAUUGUAGGACUCUUGGUGCGCUGCAGGGACCCAGGUAAGAGGCUAAACCAUUGAAAAUGGUUUGUGAAGCAUUAAAUAAGUAUUUUUUCACUUUUUCCAGUGCAGAAGUCCCUCGGCACUGGGUCUGACACUUCCUUCGCCAUCAUCAGCCAACCAGAGAUGAUCUUAUGCAUAUGCAUGUCAAGCGCUGAGCGAGAUUAAGUCUUCCACACAGGAAAGCACUGACCCUAUUGCAUUUUAGAAGACACUGGACAUCCUCAUUCAAAGCGUGAGGACAUCCAGCAUUAUUUAACAGAGUCAAACUACAUGAAAGGUCCAUGAAAGGUCAGGAAAUACCUCUAGUGUCUGCCUGACUUUAAGACAAUCAGUAGAUCCCCAUUCAUAAAAAAAAAAAAACUUUUGCUGGGGACAGACAAACGUCCUUGCUUAUACACCAUCCAGUAAGUGCUGGGUUCAUAGAAUAACCUUUCAAUUUGGAGACCCGCACUAUUGUCCCCAUAAAAUAAUGGGCUUACAGGUACAUGCUGUCUUGGCCAAGUCAUUUACUGCACUGCCUUUAGUGCCUUUCGAGUUCCUAUAGGACUUGUUCCACUCCCUGCCUUGCAUUGUGCCUCUGUUACUUGAUGGUAAUUGUAAAUAAUUAGUGAAGAUCAUAUUGUACAAUGCAGCAAGAAGGAAAGAGUACUUUAAUAUAAUUAAAAGUAGAUUAAAAUAAGUCUUACAAUGUUAAAAAAAACCAAAAAACUUUUUGGUUGGAGUUAUGAUUAUUGAAAUGCUGCUCCCCCUUUAAAUAAAUAAAUAAAUAAUGGCAAAACCUAUGCUAAAGCCAAUUUCUCCCUGCAGCAUAAUUCUCCUCUUUCUGUGAUGUCACUCUCUCUCGCUGCACAGGGUGAGAUGUCCCAGUUUCUAACUGUGUGAAAACGUGUGAUUGAACAGGAGAAAGGGAGGCUUAGCAUGCAAUGACAGACACAUUUUAUGCACAGAAUUAAUAUAAUCGGCAUGAAACACUCAAUUACCCUUAAAAGCCAACAAAUAAGUGUGCUCUGACUGAAAUUACAUGUCAUGGGAAGAACUAAAAGGUUGGGGACAAUCAAUCAUAACUUUGGGGUGGGGGGUGCGGUGGCAAAUGUCAUGUCCACUCCCCAUCAUUACAUUUAAUACAGUGAUCUGUCCACCAGUCUUUCUAUAAAUUGAAGCCCCAACCCAAUGCCCACAGGUUGGGCAGUGUGGUAUACAUUACUAGCAACUGGGGAGCAGUCAUUACUUUGUUAUUUUAGUGAGCAGCCACUGACUGCUCACUUGUAUGUAAGUAAUAAAAAUAUCAAUUUCACAAGCUUGGAUCCAAUAUAUGCAUUUGGCUCAAAUGUUUAGCACAGUAGGACAAUUACAGGAGGUCCUUAUUGCUCUUAUUCCUCACAGCUGUAUGAAUAGAGAAAAUCUCAUAGCACGACAUUGUGUAACACAAGUAAGGAGAGUGUAAACUUAGAUGGACUCACGUGGUCCCAGUAACUGAUAUACACAUAAAUAUAUUACUAGAGCAUCCUGGAAUCUUGAACCAUAAAUGAAGUAAAUCCUUUAUUGGUUCAAAAUUUAAAUAACUGAUGUUAAAAACAAUCAGAAUAAAGAUAAAAAAGCCAAACUGUCCAAUGGCUUAGUGCCUAAGAAAUAGGACGCGUUCACAAUUAUCCAAGGGCAUCUUCAGUUUUUUUAUCUUCAUUCAGAUUGUUUUGAUGGUGUUCACCAUCCUCAUUGUUGUUUUAGCUUCAUAGUUUACUAUUGCAACUGAGCUAAAACCAGCUUGAGUUCUGAGCGGGGACCCACCGAAGGGCAGGCUAUUUCAGUUGCUGUCCGUUCUCAGAAUACUUUUGUGACCCGUUUUUUUGCUCUCCAUUAGUUUAAAGGGUAAUCCAGACAUGGACCCCUUGCUCAUGGUGCCUAGAGAGAUAUCAGCUAUGCCUCACUGAUGAUGCCUAACAAGGCUGAAACGAUUGUCUGGGGUUGCCGUGUCUCUCGCGUAGAAUACUCAGAAUACUCUUGCGACCCGUUUUUUUUUUUUGCUCUCCACUAUUGCAACUUAACAUGUUUCAUCUUAUAUAUAUAUAUAUACCAUUCCAAAUUAGUAAUCCAAAAAAGAAAUAUACAUACAAAAGGUCGAGGUUUGAGUCAUCCAAGAGGACUUUUAUCAGGACAUGUAUUACAAGACAUAUUAAAAACAUGAAUGCCAUUAUAUAGGGAAAAUAUAUGACCACUUAACGUGCAUCUGGAAGUAAGUCGGCAUGUUCCAGUAUCCAGGGUACAUGUCCCUGGUGGUAAUCCUGCCUUCUAAUUAUUGCACAAUGAUGAAAUCUCAUUCGAGCUGCUAAUGCAUCUAAAACACUUGUGGGCACGUUCCCGGGAUGCGUCCAAAGACAACUGAUGCCAGACUGACAGUCCAUAUCAUCAUGGUGGUUACAAAGCAUCAAGUUUCUAUGGGAACAUAGCGAUAUAUGCUAUGGGGCAACUUCAAUCUAAAAUAACAGGUAUAUAAAUUUAUCACAUCAAACGGAGCCUAUUUCUCAAAUAAAUAGUGUUGGGAAUAUGUAUAAGCCCAAUGUGAUUGAUAGUAAUAUCUAUAUAUAUACACAGUGGUACCUCGGUUUACAAACGCCUCGGUUAACAUAAUUUUCGGUUUACAAAUGAAAAUCCAUUGAAAAUAAUGCCUUGGUUUACAAUUUUUUUUUUGCAAUAUAAAGCAAAUUUCCCAGGAUGCAUUACGUCUGGGAGGUUUAUAGCACCGCCCCAGAGCAUGCUUGAGUCUGUGGGUAGCACGUGGCGUCGAGUGUGGAGGUGUUGAAGCGUUUUUAGAAUCGAGGUUUGGAGUCAUCCUGGAAAUUUCUUGCAGCGGUUUUGGGACUUUUUGGAACUAUUUUGGUGCAUUUUUCAAGCUGUGGAAAGGUAGGGAGCUGAGCUUUGUCGUUUGCAUGCCUUUUACUGUGUUCUGCAUUGUGGGUUGGUUCCAUGCCAGCUCAUUUUGACUUUUUUUUUUUACCUCUGGAACAGAUUAAUUGGUUUUCAAUGAAUUCCUAUGGGAAACCACGUUUCGGUUUACAAAUUUUUCGCCAUAGAAAACGUCCCGGAGAAUGCAAUAAAUUCGUAAACCAAGGUACUACUGUGUGUGUGUGUAUAUGUAUGUAUAUAUGUAUGUAUAUGUGUGUAUAUAUAUAUAUAUAUAUACAUAUAUAUACAUACAUACAUACAUACAUAUACACACACAUAUAUAUAUAUUGUUUUUAAUUUUAUUAUAUCUCCUAUUAACAGAGUGCAUUUUUAGCAAUAAUUUCUGGAUGUUUUUUCAUAGCUUAAAUUAGACUAGUCAUCCUUGUUUACCAUAAAUUAUAAGUACAUUUUCUAAUGUGUGUGUGUCUGUGUGCAUUCAUAUCACUUUCAAAAGUGUGUUUCAAAUCCUGCUAUUAGAGAUAUAACUGGGAAAAAAUAUAGCAUCAGAGUCUUUAAAUUUGUAGGAGAAUAAGUGGAAUUAUAGAUUUUAAACGUUUGCACUAUGUCAAGUUGAGGAACUAAAACAGAUAGAUUAGAGAUUGUUUUAAUUGUCACUGUUUUUUCAUAUCUAAAUGACUGCCCGUCCUCGACAUUCUUCUAUCUCAUAUUACAUUUUUACUGUUUGGUAAUUAUUAACUUUAAUUGUUCCAUUAAAGGACUGAUUAGUGGUGUGAUGGAAAAUGUCCUUAAAGUGAAUAUUUCUUUCACGGGUUUAUUCUAACAUAGCUUGUGUCUAUCAGGACUGCCACCAUCUAUAACUGUAUGCGGGGCCGGACUGGCCCACCGGGAUACCGGGAAAUUUUCCGGUGGGCCGUCGGCACCUGGGGCCAGACAGACAGCUGUCUGAGCUGGCGGCCGCAGGGGAGAGCUGGCUGUUCUGGCGGCCGCAGGGGGAGCUGGCUGUGCUGUCUCUGCUCCCCGUCCUUGCGCGCUACUUAAUGAGACUGGGGCCAGAAUAUGACACCAUAUUCUGGCCCCGGUCUCAUUAAGCUGUGCGUUGGGGAGCAGAGACAGCACUGCCAGCUCCCCCUGCGGCCGCCAGAAUAGCCAGCUCCCCCGCUGCAGCCGCCAGCACAGACAGCUCCCCCUGCUGCCGCCAGAACAGCCAGGAGCCAGCUCCCCCCUGCGGCCGCCAGCACACAUGACCCAGCUAUCUGCCCUGCACGACUCCCCUGGCCGGUCGCCCACAGGCAGCUAUAUUAUGUGUCAGUCUGUCAGUGUGAGUGUGUGUGUGUCUGUCAUGGUGUGUGUGUGUCUGUAUCUUGGUAUGUGUCUGUGUCAUGGUCUGUCUGUGUGUAUGUCAAGGUGUGUGUGUCUGUCAAGGUGUGUGUGUGUGUCUGUCAAGGUGUGUGUGUGUGUCUGUCUGUCAAUAUAUGUGUGUGUCUGUCAAGGUGUGUGUGUGUGUGUCUGUCAUGGUAUGUAUGUGUCUGUCAAGGUGUGUGUGUGUGUGUGUGUCUGUCAUGGUAUGUGUGUGUCUGUCAUUGUAUGUGUGUGGGAUGUCAAGGUGUGUGUGUGUAGCUGUCAUGGUGUGUGUGGCUGUCAAGGUGUGUGUGUCUGUCAUGGUGUGUCAUGGUGUGUGUGUGUGUCUGUCGUGUGUGUGUGUGUGUCUGUCAUGGUGUGUGUGUGUCUGUCAAGGUGUAUGUGUGUGUCUGUCAAGGUAUGUGUGUGUCUGUUAUCUGUCAUGGUAUAUUUGUGUGUCUGUCAUGGUGUAUGUGUGUGUCUGUGUGUGUCUGUGUGUGUUUAAAAAUAGUGUUUUUACUCACCUUUUUUCCCCCCCACGCCGUGCUGCGGGGCUGGCAUAGAUUUUUUUUCCAGGGCUGCUUUAGUCCGACCAGUCCGGCCCUGACUGUAUGUCAGGUGGAAAAUACACACUUCCAGACACACACAAAAAAAUUUUAUUCUACAAUUUUAAAAUUAGAGGUGUUUCCAGAAACAGAAUGACAUAGGAAGCUGUUUGCUAUUUGUAUUUGUUUUAUUUAUUUCAUAUACUGCAAACUUUUUGAAAAUUCUAUACUGUUAGAAAAAACGUCCAGAUCAUUUAUCCAAAGAAGUCAUCAUUAAAGUCUACAAGAAUAUUUGUAGAUAAAUAAUUUAAAUCGGUUUUCUAACUAUAUUAAAUCAAGGCUAGGGUUAUUUAUUAAAAUGUGAAUUGAAAGUGAAUUUUCAAAUUUAAGCCUAACUGAAAGCAUAGCUGACUUUUUCCAACUCUGCUAUUUUUACUUUAAAUUUAAAGUUUACAUUUAUGUGAAUUAAAAAUAAUAGUGUUAAUAGCAAAACAAUUAUUUAAAAUAGCUGAAUCCUAAAUUUGCAUGUUUUCAUAUGCAGGAUCUGUUACAUUGUAGUCAAAGUCUGCAGUUGAAUUCAAACCAACUGUGCUGUUUAAAAUAAAAAUUUUAAAAAAACGAAUAAAUGAAUACAAAAACAUGUUGGAAAUAUGUGUCUGUGCACAUUUUUUCUUGUUUUGCAGGAGCACACCCUUAAUUGGCACAUUUACUCCUUAAUAUAAAUAUUUUUAAAAUGUGAACCACGUGGAAAAAAUAUAUAAUAUAAUAGUUCCUUUUUAUAUCAGAUUAAAAAUUAUUUGCACAUUUUAAAAAGUCUGUCUUAAAUAUCUUACAGGUACAGCUUUUUAUUUUUUAUUUUUUAAAUGUACAGUGUCUUUCAGUAUUAUUGGCACCCUUUGUAAAUAUGAGAAAAGAAGGCUGUGAAAAAUAUAACAAAACAUACUCUGCUCUCAUGGAUAGUAAAAAAUUGUAAGGUUUAUCCCCCUUCCAAAAAUAUCUUUGUUAAAUACCUUAUCGACUUGAAUCUAAUGUGCACCUUUAUUGGCAAAAUAAAGUUUCCAUAAUUUGAAUUAGAUUUCAUGGCGCAUUAGAUUAGAGUACAAUUUCAGUACUAACGAAAAGGAAAGCAGAGUGCAAUAAAGACAAACUGCGCAUGCUAACUACUCUCUACUCUCUAUCUAAUUAUCCAGUUUCAUAAUGGUAUAAAUAUGAGGUAAUACAUAGGUCUAAUUCCCUUAGUCAUUCAUCACCAUUGGUAAGACCACGAAAUAUAGCUGUAAUGUGUGGCAAAAGGUUAUUGAGCUUCACAAAAUGUAAUGUAUGUGGAUAUGAGAAAAUAGCAAAAGCAUUGAAAUUGCCUAUUUCCAUUAUCAGGGCAAUAAGUGAGAAACUCAGCUCAACUGCUUGGGGUCAGAAAGUCUCCAAAACUACCAUCUGACGUCACCUACAUAACCACAAAUGGUUUGGAAGGGUUUCAAGAAAAAAGCCUCUACUCUCAUACUAAAACAACUCAGCCAUCUUCAGUUUGCCAGAUACUAGUGGACCUUUAAACGGGAUUGUGUUCUAUGGUCAAAUGAAACCAAUAUAGAGGUUAUGGAAAUAAACAUAAAAGGUGGGUUUGGUGCACACAGAGAGUUAGCUUUAUGGAAAAGUACCCUAUGCCCAUGGUUAAAAAUGGUGGUGGCGCAACCCCGACUGUCAAAGAGUAGAACCUCCACUAAUACCGGCCUCGACGUUAAUCCUAAUAUUGGUACGACCAAAGGAUAAAACGCGACCAACGCUAUGCACUUCGAACAACAUCAACCCACAGCUCUACCCAUGCACCCACGAUGGCAUUGACACUCCCCCUCCCCCCAUGGAGUGGUACUUAAUAACACGCACUUGGACCACUAGUUCUCAUCUCCACUUUACUAACUCAAGCUACGUACCAUUCUUGUUUGCAUUAUAUAUAUUAUAAAAUGUGCUGUCCAUCUGCAUGUCAAACCGAUUUUUAUAAUUCUGAAUUGAGCGAUCUUCCACUGGCAUUGUAUUUUACUAUUAUUUGCAUGAAAAAAUAAAGAAUUAAAAAAAAAAUGGUGUUGGCUCUUUAAUGUUUUGGGGCUGUUUUCUGCCAGAGGAAAUGGACAUUUUGUUAGGAUACAUAGCAUGAUGGACUCUAUCAAAUAUCAACAAAUAUUAAAAUAAUAUCUGUCUGCCUUUGCCACAAAGAUUAAAAUAGGCAAACCCUUAAAAUGGGUUCAAUCUUCAAGCAGGACAAUGAUCCAAAACAUAAAUGUUUUAAAGCAAAAAUGGCUUACUGACCAAAAUAUCAAGGUCUUGUCAUGGCCAUCCCAGUUCCCUGACUUGAACCCCAAAUAAAACCUGUUGGGUGAACUUAACGAAGAACCUACAAACGUCGACCUUGAAAUUUGAGGGAUUCUGGAGAGAUUCUGCAUGGAGGAAUGCUCUUCUGUCCCUUGCCAUGUAUUCUCCAACCUAAUUGGACAUUAUAGGAGAAGAUUCAGAGCUGCUAUCUUGGCAAAGGGAGGUAGCACAAAGUAUUGACUAAAAGGGUGCCAAUAAUUAUACCGCACAUAUAUUUAAGAAAUACAUUUUUUUAUAUAAAGCUGUGUUGUAUUUGCAAUUGUUUGAUAUUGAUGAAAGCAGAAUAUUUUUGUGUUUUAUUUAUUUAUUUAUUUAGUAAAUAUGAGUUUUAUUUGAAGAUAUUUUUGACAUAUUAAGAAAGAGAGAAAUGGAAAACUUGAGAUCUUGCAGGACUCAAUGUCACUACAUAGCACUUUAUAGGGGUAAUCUUAUUGACACUAAAUAAUAUCAUGAUAUCGAGGCAUGAGUUCGGGAUGUGCACGGAAUGUGCUGGAAGUGAAAGGGGGGAACUUAUUAGUUGCCAGUAAGGUUAGAUAAGCUUUAUGUUGCGAACAUAGUUGAAAUUGUACAUUGCGGUAAUUCCCGUAUCAGGUGUGCAUAGCGUUCGACUCCUUCCACACCUUGCCUGUGGGUUAUUUUUGUGUAUUUUUUUUACAAAAGGUUAAACAACAAAGAUAACUUUUAACAAUGUUAUUUGCUCAUAUUUACCAAGGGGGCCAAUAUUAGUGGAGGGCACUGUAUUAUAGGACUACCUUAUUUAGGUCCUUAGGUCCUUUUUAAAAGUCUUUUACAGACUGAAACGUCGCCUCGAAGGUGUGAAUUUGUAAUUGCUCAAUAAAGCAACAGAUGAAAUUUACCUUGAAAGACUCCUGAGUGCUCUCUACUGGUAUCGUAUACAAUUUGGUUGGAGACAGCACCGGAGCAUUAAAAGACCGGGAGCAUUGAGUGCUGGGACCUGUGACGUAUAUAUAUAUAUAUAUAUAUACAUACAUAUAUAUAUAAAAUGAGGAUUAUAUAUAUAUAUAUGUGCUUGGUAUAAAUUUAUUAAAGCCAAAAACUCUAAAUAAUACAAUUAGAAGACUGGAUUUGUUAUAUAGUUACUUUUUAAUUAUGUAGGUUACAAAAAUACUAAAUAUAUAUUAUCCUCAUUCUUCUUUAAGCAUAUUCUAAUUUCUAGUAAUAAUAUUAAGUCCAUUUUGACUGCAUCUUGUCACAUUUUCAACCAUCGUUUUGCACUAUAUAUUUUUUUAUGAUCAAACAUGGCAGCAUUUACUCAUGGGUUAGCUCCUCUCCUCACAGCAGAAAGGACAGGAAAUAGAACUCUGAAAUUGGUAUAAAUAGAUCCAUCCUCUGCUCCACAGGCAGUCUUUGUUCCUGUCCUUCACAUCAGUUUGGAAGGAGUCUGCUUAAGCAGGCCUAGAUUUUUCUUUUAUGCUCACCAGACCAAUAUUUUUGUGUCCCUGCCAGGGUUCAGCCUAUAAGCCCUGAAGACCCAGCAACAGCAUAUCUCUAUGAGUCGCCAGCCUGGGUACACGCUUUAGUGACCGGAGAUCUGACCUAAAUCUCUCCCUCAGGGGAUGAAAGCAGUCCACUGCAUACAUGAGGCCCAGCCAGGGAUCAGCCUCUUAUCCCUGAAGACCCAGCAACAGCACAUCUCUCUGAGCCGCCAGACUGGGUACACGCUUUAGUGAAUGGGGCUCUGACCCAACUCUCUACCUCAGGGGAUGAAAGCGGGCCACUGCAUACGUGAGGCCAAACCAGGGUUCAGCUUCUUAUCCCUGAAGACCCAGUAAACAGCACUUCCAUAAGGUGACUACCUGGGUAUGCCUCUUUUCCACCGUGACCACCAUGUCCGGUGAUUGUUUUAAACCCUUCCCAACUGGUUAUGGAAAAUGGCAUAUGGUGUACGGACUUUAAUUUGCUAGAAAUUAGAAUUUAAUGAAUAAAACUGUUCAUGAAGAUUUUUUUCCUUUUGUAGUAAAGGUUUUUUUUUCUUCACUAUAAAUAAAGAAAGAAAAAAAAUGAAAAGAAAAUAAUUUUUGUCUCUCAUGUUCUUACAUUGCAAAACAACCCCAAUGCCUGCUCAUUACAUAUUUCAAGCACCAAAGCCACUACAACACGAUUAUUGUACAAGGAAUGCCAAUGGUUUGACUUGCCACUUGGCAUCCGCUGGUCGUGUUCCAUGGCAGCACUACACCUGACAGAAUGCUGGAAGCUUUACAUCUCAGCUAAGUUCGGCAGUGCAGGGCUUAGCUGAUUGGCUGAGAGCGAUCAGCUGUCAAGAGCUAGGUGAAGUCUUGCUGCUUCAGUCUCUCUAGCAUUGUGGCAUAUUCACUUUCUUCUGAAAUAACUACAACACUUUUUCUCUGUCCUAGACUGUAUAACAGGAGCUGUUGCCUGGUAGUAGAAGGUUAGGAGAGCAGUGGACUAACGAGUGCUAGUGAACAGUCCUUAGAAAUCAUGGAGCGAGCGCAUCAUUAGACGCAUUUAUGCCAAGUUCAGGGUGCUGUCUGCACAGUAUGCCCUUGGUUGUUCAUCCUGCAUGAUUGGCAGGCAACCUGACGUGCAUUCAUUCCAGGCUGACCAUAUAACGCUUCAAACAGACACGCCCCCUUUUUGGGCAUAAUAGUCCCUUUGGGCGGUUCUGGUUACGUGAGUCACAUCAAUGGCCCACCCCUUUACCUCACCCACUGAAAUCCUGCUACACCGGACACUGCUGUUAGGGGUAUGGAUUUACUUGAAAGAUAAAAGCGAGAGAUUAGCAUAGGCUAUGUGUUUUCUGAUAGCUAUAUCCUGUGAGUUUCCCUCCAGCACCACCUCCACCAGAUACAUGACGCUUGGGAGGUAUAACUGUUUUAGUGUUUUCUGUCGAUAAUAUUCUGUAGUUCAGUUAUACCUCCCAAGCGUCAUGUAUCAUAUUUGUCAGCACCUGGCCCAAUGGGCUCUUAAUCCGGUCCUAAAGUCUUGGAAGUGGACACACCCAUUUUAUAGAUGGGCAUGGACAUUAUGGACAUCUCUAGUUAUACGUGUAGGGAAACAUCACUGGCAAUGCCAUUUCAGGGCUCCACCCCAUCCAGAUUUCUUACUUACCCCUUGCCAAUUGUUGGGAGGUAUGUGACAAUCUGCUUUCAUUCUUAUUCAUACUUGAAUACAAGGUGUGAGGGGAAAACUGCCACGUUUCCAUGGAAGACAAUCUAUAAUAGCGGAGCUCUGUGGAUGGUUUGUGGCAUGCAAACAGAAUGGAGAGACUGCCAUCCUUCUAAAAACCCUUUUACGGAGGCAAAUGUACAGGUUCUGGCCAAAAACAAAAACUAGAGGUCGAGCUAUAUGUUUGUUUAACUAAAAUUUACCUCUUACAUAUGAAGAGAAUCCACACUUAUAUAUCAUUUUGUUCAGGAGAAAUUGGGUUUUCAUUUCACAAUAUUUAUAUAUGGAACACAAUCUAAUGUGACUAAAAUCUACAAAACAAAGUGUGAGAAAUUAAAUAAAAUCACAUUGUAAAAUUAAUAAAAUCACAUAACUAUGUAAGAAUAUUGCAUAAAUAUACAUGUAGACUUUAUAUAUGUGUGUGUAUAUAUGCAUGUAUGUAUAUAUAUACAGUAUUUUGCAAAAGUGAGUACACCCCUCACAUUUUUGUAAAUAUUUUAUUAUAUCUUUUCAUGUGACAACACAUGAACAUUUCCACUUAGGGGUGUACUCACUUUUGUUGCCAAUGGUUUAACGGUUUUAAGGGGUGUACUCACUUUUGUUGCCAACGGUUUGGAAGUUAGCGAAUGUUGUGCCCAUUUACAAGAAAGGUAAUAAGGAGGAGUCGGGCAACUAUAGGCCAGUAAGCCUUACUUCAGUAGUGGGGAAAGUGAUGGAAACCAUGUUAAAGGAUAGGAUUGUUGAACAUCUAAAAACACAUGGAUUUCAAGAUCAGAGACAACAUGGGUUUACUUCAGGGAGAUCAUGCCAAACUAAUCUUAUUGAUUUUUUUGAUUGGGUAACUAAAAUUAUAGAUCAGGGUGGUACAGUAGACAUUGCUUACCUAGAUUUCAGUAAGGCUUUUGACACUGUUGCACAUAGAAGGCUUAUCAAUAAACUGCAAUCUUUAAGUUUGGAUUCCAAUAUUGUUGAAUGGGUAAGGCAGUGGCUGAGUGACAGGCAACAGAGGGUUGUAGUUAAUGGAAUAUAUUCGAAGCUUGGACUUGUCACCAGAGGGGUAACUCAGGGAUCUGUACUUGGACCCAUUCUCUUUAAUAUUUUUAUUAGGGAUAUUGCAGAAGGUCUUGAUGGUAAGGUAUGUCUUUUUGCUGAUGAUACUAAGAUAUGUAACAGGGUUGAUGUUCCAGAAGGGAUAAGCCAAAUGGCAAAUGAUUUAGGUAAACUAGAAAAAUGGUCAGAAUUGUGGCAACUGACAUUUAAUGUGGAUAAGUGCAAGAUAAUGCAUCUUGGACGUAAAAACCCAAGGGCAGAGUACAGAAUAUUUGAUAGAGUCCUAACCUCAACAUAUGAGGAAAGGGAUUUAGGGGUGAUUAUUUCUGAUGACUUAAAGGUAGGCAGACAAUGUAAUAGAGCAGCAGGAAAUGCUAGCAGAAUGCUUGGUUGUAUAGGGAGAGGUAUUAGCAGUAGAAAGAGGGAAGUGCUCAUGCCAUUGUACAGAACACUGGUGAGACCUCACUUGGAGUAUUGUACACAAUACUGGAGACCGUAUCUUCAGAAGGAUAUUGAUACAUUAGAGAGGGUUCAGAGAAGGGCUACUAAACUGGUUCAUGGAUUGCGGGAUAAAACUUACCAGGAAAGGUUAAAGGAUCUUAACAUGUAUAGCUUGGAGGAAAGACGAGACAGGGGGGAUAUGAUAGAAACAUUUAAAUAUAUAAAGGGAAUCAACACAGUAAAGGAGGAGACUAUAUUUAAAAGAAGAAAAACUACCACAACAAGAGGACAUAGUCUUAAAUUAGAGGGACAAAGGUUUAAAAAUAAUAUCAGGAAGUAUUACUUUACUGAGAGGGUAGUGGAUGCAUGGAAUAGCCUUCCAGCUGAAGUGGUAGAGGUUAACACAGUAAAGGAGUUUAAGCAUGCGUGGGAUAGGCAUAAGGCUAUCCUAACUAUACACUUACUACUUUACAUUGUAGCAGAGUGUCACUUUUGUAAGAUACUGUAUAUAUAUAUAAAAUAUACUGCCUCGGUUGGCUGCCAGUUGCCCCGCUAUAUAUAUUGCUGCGGAUGAUAAGUAGCUGCACUCCCGGGAAGGCAUGAUCGUUGGGGUGUGCUAUGCCAUCCUAAUAGCGUUAAAGCCCUCCUUUUGUAGGAUGGCAUAGCACUCCCUAAUGUUGUUAAGGGGUUAAUCCUGGUGGCUUCUAUAAAAAUAUUUAGCUAUGUUGUUUAGAGAUGUUUUACCUUGGGCUCUUGCAUUCAGAAUUCAGUGUAUGAUGUUCACUUACUGGAAGGUAUGUAAAGGUGUAGCAUAAUCUAAAAUGUUAAAUAUUUUGAUUAUAAAAAAAAUAGCAUGUCAAAGGACAAGGGUUAUUUUAAAUAUUUUCCAUAAAGUUCUCCACCAGUUAUUUUUCGUUGUUGCUGUAUUACUAAUGUCAUUCAUCUAAUCAUGGGUGACCACUCUACUGUAGCCGUAGUCAUUAACCUAAAACUAAUAUUGUGGAAGUCUUCUGUAGUGAAUAACAAGAAAUCCCAAUACUCGGGGGAACUUCAAACCCAACAGGAUUGUCAAUCCCACCUCAACAGGAGUAAUAGCAAUAGGAGUAACUGUCAGGUAUACCUAACAUUCAUGCUGCCGCCGGAACCCACUUCCGGGUUCACGGCGCUUAGCUCCGCCCUUUUUUCUGACGCGGUCUUUCCACGAUACUUAGGAAGACCGCGCCAGAUUCAAAGGGCUGGAUUAUUCACUCAGGUGCGGCAGUAAGAUCAGCUGCCCCACUCGAUGCUACCGGCUCCUCUCUCAGACCUCGGGUUGUAAACGGAUUUCUACCUUCUCAUCCCUCAGACCUCGGCUUGUAAACGGAUUUCUACCUUCUCAUCUCUCAGACCUCGGGUUGUAAACGGAUUUCUACCUUCUCAUCCCCCAGACCUCGGCUUGUAAACGGAUUUCUACCUUCUCCUCUCUCAGACCUCGGCUUGGACAAACGGACUUCCUUUCUCUCACUACUAAACUGCAGUUUGUUAAAAGAGACUCCUUCCUUUUCCUCCAUUGGGUGAAUUAACCCUUCCAGUGCCAGAGUGCUUCUAAGUUAAGUAAAUCUCUUGUCAAGGAAAGCAAGUCAUAUAAAUUAUUAUAGUACUUAAUUUCUCUAAACUCUCUGUUGACAAAUAAGCAUUGCAUUUUUUCCUUGCAUGUGUAUUUAAAGAUACAGUCUACCUUGUUCACUUCAAUAAAAUAAAGGAGGUGAAACUUAUUGUUUCUGCAGUUGAGUUCCAAUUAAAGAGACAUUACACAAAAGCAUCACAGAAUAAUCCAGCCCCUUCAAUGGAACCAGCAGAUAUUAACUCUCAAGUUUCUGCCCUAACCAAUAGAGUAGAUACAAUUGCUCAAGGGUUACAGGAAUUGCAAAUUACAAAUGAGAGAAUAUUAACCUAUGUUAGAGACAUGCAAGGCCAUCUUCCUCAUGCCGCUCUUCAAUCGGCUGGUGAUCCUGCUGUCUGUAAUCCAGAAAAAUUUUAUGGAGAUAGAACAAAGUACAGAGAGUUUUUAAAUUCUUGCAAACUUCUGAUAGCUUUGAAACCUCGAUCUUACCUCACUGAAAGGUCAAAAGUUUGUUCAGUAAUUUCCUUUCUAAGAGGUGAACCUAUGGCUUGGGCCCAUUCCUUUUUAGAGAAUGAUGAUCCCAUACUAGAUUCACUGGAUGAAUUUUUUGAAGCUAUGUCUUUAUUAUAUGAAGAUCCAUAUAAACAGGCUACUGCUGAUUUAACCAUCAGAACUCUCCACCAAAAGAACAGACCUGUUGAAGAUUACAUCGCCGAAUUUAAAAGAUGGGCUACCGAAACCCAAUGGAAUUACAUCACACUGCGCAAUCAAUACCGUCUCGGAUUAUCAGAAGCUGUGAAAGAUGAACUCUCUCGUAUUGAACUUCCUCCCACCUUAAAUGCCUUGAUUCAACUUUCCAUUAGUAUUGACAGACGUCUAAGAGAAAGAAGGGCUGAAAAAGUUCUUACUACGUCUAACUGGAGAAAACAUUUUACUACUCCAAAAUUUCCUGAAAAAUCUCUUCCUCACAAUGAACCUAUGGAAGUUGGUAUAAUAAGAAGCCCUCUUACUUCGGAAGAAAGGAUAAGAAGGAGACAACUAAAUUUGUGCAUGUAUUGUGCUUCAAAAGAACAUCUAAUCCCAGAAUGUCCCCUACUAAUCCAUUCGAAAGCUGGUAAGCUUCAUUCAUCUACUUCUAUAUUGAACGUUCUUCACAAAAAGAAAACAUCUACUUAUUUUUCUAUAUCUCUCAUAUUACAGUGGGAUACAAAAAGAAUUGUGACUGAAGCCAUUAUUGAUUCUGGUGCUAAUGGAACCUUCCUUGAUUUUUCUUUUGUUGCAAAGAAUAAAAUUCCGUGUGUUCGAAAAACCAAUUUUAUUCCAAUCAGAGUUAUUGAUGGUUCAUUCAUAUCCUCAGGACCCAUAAAAGAUGAGACAAUUCCUCUAAGAAUGAUUACCAAUAACGUACAUACAGAGUUCCUUACAUUUGAUGUUAUUAAAUCUCCACUUUAUCCCGUCAUUCUAGGAAUUAAUUGGUUAAAAACUCAUGAUCCUUUAAUUAAAUGGUCACCCUUUUCCAUUUCUUUUCCUUCUGACUUUUGCAAAAAAACCUGCUUCCAACAUAUUCCUAUUCUCCAAACUACUCAGGAAUCAAUUAUACCUCCAUUCUACUCUGACUUUUCAGAUGUCUUUUGUAAAAAAGAAGCGGAAACACUUCCACCUCAUCGAGCAUAUGAUUGCCCAAUAGAUCUAAUACCUGGUGCUCCCAUUCCUUAUGGACACAUUUAUCCACUUUCUGAAAAGGAAUUACAGACCUUAAAAGAAUAUCUUAAUGAAAAUUUACGUAAAGGAUUCAUCAGACCCUCGACUUCACCGGCUGCCUCUAGUAUAUUUUUGUGAGGAAUAAGGACCAAACCAUCCGACCCAUUAUAGAUUACAGAGCCUUAAAUAAAAUAACCAUAAAAAAUCGUUAUCCUCUUCCACUAAUAAAUGAAUUAAUUGAAAGGUUAAGAACCGCAACUAUAUUCACUAAACUCGACCUCCGAGGCGCAUAUAACCUCAUCAGAAUAAAACAGGAUGAUGAAUGGAAGACCGCCUUCCGGACUAGAUAUGGUCUCUACGAAUAUCUAGUGAUGCCUUUUGGGCUUUGUAAUGCCCCUGCAACAUUCCAACAUUUUAUAAAUGAUAUCUUUAGAGAUCUUUUGGAUGUUUGUGUUAUUAUCUACUUAGAUGAUAUUCUAAUAUAUUCUAACAAUUUGGAUGAGCAUAGGAAGCAUGUAAGAUGGGUUCUAUCUAGAUUGAGAACUCACAAAUUAUACGCUAAACCAGAGAAAUGUCUUUUUGAAGUUACUGAACUCUCCUUUCUUGGAUACAUUAUUUCACCUCAUUCUCUGAAAAUGGAUAACUCUAAAAUCGAAUGUAUUAUUAACUGGCCCGUUCCUACUACUACAAAAGAAUUGCAACGAUUUCUUGGAUUUGCAAACUUCUAUAGAAAAUUCAUUAGAAACUACUCAGAGGUAUCACAUCCACUUAACCACCUUAACAGUACUAAACGUCCUUUCAAAUGGAAUAAAGAUGCACAAGCUGCCUUCGAUAGUUUAAAAAAAAGAUUUACAACUGCACCUAUUCUACAGCUACCUAAUCCAACAUUCUUGUAUGUCCUAGAAGUCGAUGCAUCAGAUUCAGCUAUCGGAGCAGUUCUUUCUCAGCAAAAGACUCCUCAAGAUCCACUUCAUCCAGUCGCAUUCUUUUCAAGAUCCUUGAGCUCUGCUGAAAAAAAUUAUCCUAUUGGUGAAAAGGAAUUAUUAAGUGUUAAAGCUGCCUUUGAAAAUUGGCGCCAUCUAUUAGAAGAUACAAAACAACCUAUCAUAGUCUAUACAGACCAUAAAAAUCUUGAAUAUCUUUAUACUAAUAAAACCCUUACGGCUAGACAAGUUAGAUGGAACCUAUUUUUUAACCGGUUUAACUUCCAAUUAAUAUACAGACCUGGAACUAGAAAUAAAAAGGCUGACGCUCUUUCUCGAAUUCCUUCUAAAACUUCUAUUGAUGUUUAUCCUCCUAACAAAAUAAUAGGGAUCCUCUCUUCUCUUCAGGAUGACUUAAGGAACUUGAAUCAAAAGGAUCUUGAACUUCCCAAAACACCUAACAAAAAAGGAUGGUAUAUUUUACUUUAAAAAUAGGAUUUAUAUUCCUCCCAUUCUUAGGAACAAAUUACUCAAAAUGGUUCAUGAUUCACCCCUAGCUGGACAUCCUGGAAUAAAGAAAACUCUUGAACUAACUUCACGAUAUUAUUGGUGGCCUCGCCAAGAUAGAACCAUUGAAUUAAAUGUCAAAACUUGUCCUAUCUGUCAAAGGUCCAAAUCUGAACAUAAUCAACCUUUUGGAUUACUACUUAACUUACCUAUUCCAGAAAAACCUUGGCAAUCCAUUUCUAUGGAUUUUCUUGUUGACCUUCCUCCAUCCCGACAGUUCACCACUAUUCUUGUUGUUGUGGACCGCUUCACUAAAAUGUCCCAUUUCAUCUCUUUAAAAAAAUUACCCUCCUCCGUAGAAUUGUCCAAAGUCUUUAUUGAUAAUAUUGUAAAGCUUCAUGGUCUUCCAGAAGAAAUUAUUUCUGAUAGGGGGACACAAUUUACCUCCAAAUUCUGGAAAGAGAUGUGUCUCUCUCUUCAAAUUCAACGCAAACUCUCUUCUGCCUAUCAUCCCCAGACUAAUGGGCAAACAGAGAGAGUUAAUCAAUGUUUGGAACAAUAUCUCCGAUGUUAUUGUUCAUACCUGCAAGAUGACUGGACCACUUGGUUACCUAUGGCUGAAUUUUCUUACAAUAAUACCAUUCAUUCUAGUACGAAAAUGACUCCUUUUUUCUCCAACUAUGGAUUUCAUCCGUCCUCAUUUCCCAUCCCAUCUAAUUCUUCAUCCAAUCCCACGGUUACUUCAAAAAAUGAAUUUAUGUCUUCUCUAUUCCUUAAAUUACGGGAGAAUCUUCAACUCGCCCAAAACUACCAGAAAAAGUUUUUUGACCAUAAAAGAAGAAUUCCCCCUCCUUAUAAAGUGGGGGAUCUUGUCUGGCUCUCUUCAAAAAAUAUUACCACAAACCGUCCUUCAAAGAAAUUGAGCUCACUUUUUCUUGGUCCUUUUCUUGGUUGUUAAAUUAAAACUUCCUCCAAGUUUUAAACUUCAUCCAGUAUUCCAUGUCUCUUUGCUUAAACCACACAUCCCUGAUCCUUUCCAUAGAGAAAUAGUAACAACUCCUGAACCUAUCAUCGUCCAAGGUGAAGAAGAAUAUGAAAUUCAUAAGAUUUUGGAUUCUCGUAUCCACCGUGGCUCUUUACAAUACCUUAUCAGAUGGAAAGGUUAUGGAGUUGAUGAAGAUACCUGGGAAGAUUCAUCUAAUGUUCAUGCAAAGAGAUUAGUUGAUGCUUUUCACAAACGCUACCCCUCUAAACCGAAAUAAGUGCACCCAGAGGAUGCCCCAUGAGAAGGGGGUACUGUCAGGUAUACCUAACAUUCAUGCUGCCGCCGGAACCCACUUCCGGGUUCACGGCGCUUAGCUCCGCCCUUUUUUCUGACGCGGUCUUUCCACGAUACUUAGGAAGACCGCGCCAGAUUCAAAGGGCUGGAUUAUUCACUCAGGUGCGGCAGUAAGAUCAGCUGCCCCACUCGAUGCUACCGGCUCCUCUCUCAGACCUCGGGUUGUAAACGGAUUUCUACCUUCUCAUCCUUCAGACCUCGGCUUGUAAACGGAUUUCUACCUUCUCAUCUCUCAGACCUUGGGUUGUAAACGGAUUUCUACCUUCUCAUCCCCCAGACCUCGGCUUGUACACGGAUUUCUACCUUCUCCUCUCUCAGACCUCGGCUUGGACAAACGGACUUCCUUUCUCUCACUACUAAACUGCAGUUUGUUAAAAGAGACUCCUUCCUUUUCCUCCAUUGGGUGAAUUAACCCUUCCAGUGCCAGAGUGCUUCUAAGUUAAGUAAAUCUCUUGUCAAGGAAAGCAAGUCAUUUCAAUUAUUAUAGUAUUUAUUUUCUCUAAACUCUCUGUUAAAAAAUAAGCAUUGCAUUUUUUCCUUGCAUGUGUAUUUAAAGAUACAGUCUACCUUGUUCACUUCAAUAAAAUAAAGGAGGUGAAACUUAUUGUUUCUGUAGUUGAGUUCCAAUUAAAGAGACAUUACACAAAAGCAUCACAGUAACAAUAAUAAGGUAAGGAAUCCCCCAUCUCCAAAACAAAUGCUAAAAUAUUUUUGUUCCUGGGAUGGCUGGACAAUUUAUUUUUACCCAAAAAUGCUUUAGCUAUAACCUCUAUCCUCAUUUACACACCAUGGUACUUCUGUUGCCAUUAAAAAAAAAAAAAAAAAACACACAAAAAUCACUUGACAUUGUCUUCUCUCUAUAUAUUGCCUACAAUCUCUAAUAGCAGACCCUGAUAUUUCAGAAUGGUUUGACAUAAACCGAGGCUCUCCCAAGCCUGUAGGAAAUUAAUUUAUCAAUGUCACAUUAUCAAUGUCAAUCUCAUUCAACCUUAAAGGCACUAUUUGCCACAGUUUUGGACUUCUCUACUCCCUGUAUUCUCAUUGAAUCUAGUUUAUUUAUGUCCAGUUUUGAUGACAAUUUACAUUGUUAUUGAGGAAAUAUCAGUGCCAGGUUUUAAAAAUGACCAAGGAGGUGGUCGUUGGUGCUGGGAAAAACCCUGGUUUCUGUCAAACUGUACCUAAACUGUUAGACAUUGACGUUGGGUACAGUAACAGGACACUGUAGGUAACAUAUCUGUACAGUGAACUGUGGUGGUUAUGGUACUUAGAGGUUCAGAAUGAUGGAGUUAAAUGAUUACUCUGCUUACUCAUGGACAAAGAGACCAAGCCCCAUUGUAAACACACAGUUGGUUUCCUUAUCCAAAGAAACACACCUGCAACCUUCCUGUUUGCUUCCUGCUGUAAUUCUUCGAUCUGGCACAUUUCCUUACAUUUCAGAGUCAUAUUGUAUGAAGUAAAUGGGAUUGAAAUGUCCGCAAAAAUGUCCGCAUUCUACAGGAGGUCUUUUGAAAGACUAAGUGUGCAGAGUAUUUAUUUUUUAACCAGUUCAUCUCCUAAUUCUACAAAUAUUAUAAUCAUAUUUUAUGCAACUAAGAACAGAGUAAUAUGUAUUUUAAUGGGGUUAAAGGUUGACAAUGUUUGUACAAUGUGGUAAAUUUUCUAAACUUUUAUUUAUUUUUUUGUAAAAGCAAAAUACACAUUGUGGCACAUUUUCCCGAGGUAUGUGAAUAAUCAGGUCUGACCAGUAUUGUGUACAGGUAAUUCUUUGGUAUCUAGGAGGCAAUCAGACAUUUCAGUAAAGUCGUUUGUGGUGAAACUGUGUUUUUUAGCUGGGAGUGAAGACUGAACAAGGUAUGGUUAGUAUUUCCAAAAUGUGUAUUGUGGGUUCUUGUUAACAUUUACACACUUGCUCUAAAUGAAAUGAGGUAGGGACACCUACUGUGACUGCUUGAUCCUGUAAAUGUUUACUACAAAAAUACUCACAGAACAUCAUGGUAUCACAGCUAAUCUAAUGCACAAUGCCUUGAUUCUAACCAUUAGACCCAUCCUCCAUCCCUUCCACAAAUACAUUGCAAACAUGUUUACAGCUUCGUUAGCUGAGGUUAAAUAAGGUUGGUUGGGAGAUCUGUUUGCUUCAAUAGUACUCACUAUAGAAAUCUAAUAAUGCCACUGUAUAUUCUGUAUCUGAUAUUUUUAGUGUCAGUGUUAUGUAUCCAAUAUUUAUAUUUUGAUAUUACAGUUCUGUUAUUAUAUAUUAUGAAUUUGUGUGUGUUUGUCUAUAAAAUAUAUAUGUGUGUGUGUGUAUUACUUACUAUUCUCUUCUCUUCUCCUCUCACUUUCACUUCAUCUCUCAAUUCUACUGCUUUUGCCUUAAAAAAGGAAAUCCAGUAUCCCGUGUUACAAAGGGGAGAGCAUUAGAUAUAACUAAAUCUGUUGUUCACACAAAGUUUCUCUCACCUUGAUUAGUGUAAUGCUUUAUAAAUUGAUAUUAUGUGUACUACUAAAUGUUGACACUAUGUUCCCCAGAAUAGCUACAGCUUAAUGUAGUUGUUCUGGUGAGUACAGUCAGUCCCUGCAGGCUUCUUAAUGCAAACACUGCCUUUUCAGAGAAAAGCCAGUGUUUGCUUUGCUUCCUAGGGAACACGUCCAGUAGCAGUCACUCAGGCAGGCAGCCGCUAGAGGUGCUUCCUAGGUCUUGUGCAGGACUGUCAUUCAGCAUCUCCACCCUCUGCAUGGAGACCCUGAACUUUCCCCAUAGAGAUGCAUUGAUCCAAUGCAUCUCUAUGAGGAGAUGCUGAUUUGCCAGGGCAGUGCUCACCGCCCCACCUCGCCUCCUUGUCUGAGAUAAUCAGAAUUGAUGAUCUCAGCCAAUCCAAUGCAUUCCCAUUAGAAAGGAUUGGAUUAGCUGACAUUGUCAAUUCUCAUGAUCUCAGCGAAGGAGCUGGAUUGGGGCUUGGUGGCACAUCUGAGUCUUGGGUGGCCAAAGGGUAGGGAAAAGGGGUUCAGGAUAUUCCCAUCACCAACACUCCCCUUGUCCAUAGUAUGUCUAGUGAUUAUGUUGCUAGUUGUCAGGAGGAGGAGGGAGAAGGAGAGAAGUGGUAGAGGAGAGGGGGCAGAAAGAGAAAAGAGUUAAGAAGGGAAAAAAAUAAAUAAAGUUAAUAUAAAUUUUAAUGAGGAGGGCUAUAAAUAGGAGGGGAAGGAGACUGCGCUCCCCCAGGCCAACAGAAAGGUGGAGGGGGUCGGCCUGCCCCCACCCUGUGCACUCCUCUGCCCAGCACCCCCAAAUAGCAGAAGCAGGCUUGGAAUUAACCCUACUAUUUAAUUUUAUUUAUUUUUUUAUCCCUCGCUCACUGCUGCUUAGGGGCACCAAGUCUCUUUAUUAAAUAAUAUAAUCCAUCAUCAAAAGUAUCAGUCAGCCCUGCUCAGAGUUCUCUCCUUGUAAUUAAACAACAUAAUAUUAAUAAAUAGUUUGCAUGAAACAAUGCCUUCUUAUUUUGUUUUCUGCUCUAUAAGGGAUUUAUUAUUUUGUCAUUUGUAUAAAUUAUUAACACAUCACCCAAAAUUGUGCAAAUGGAAAUUUGACAUGAAAAAUGUAUCCUGAAUUUGGUUUUAACAUUUCUCAUUUUCGUGUUUGUUUUUUAAUUAGAAUUUUUGAGUUAGACUGCUUAGCACAGUAUUGACCAGGUAAUCACAAAUUCCAAACAUAGCUGAAAUGGAAGAAUAGCUGCAUUAGAGAUUAUUUUUUCCCUAUCAGCUUUUUUUGACCUAGCAUUUGCAAUUCCCUGAACAUUUUCCAUCAAUGUGUACAUUGCCCAUGUUUAUCAGUGGCUAGGCUCAGUGCUUAAAAGGUUUAAUUUGUAGUUAUGAAGACAUUAAUACUCACUUAGGUGUGUGUGUGUUUGUGUGUGUGUGUGUGUUUGUGUGUGUGUGUAUAUAUAUAUAUAUAUAUAUAUAUAUAUAUAUAUAUAUAUAUAUAUACAAAUAACACCAUGCUUUUAAUGGUUGCCCGGGGUGAGAUAAUUUUUUUCCACCAGGAAGAACAAAUACAGCUUUUGCAGAACUAUUUGAGAUAUGUGUUCAAUAAUGCUUGCUUUGCUUCAGUUCACUUAUUUCAUUGUCUUCACUUCAAAUUCCAAUCUAAUAAGACAAUGAAUGGUAUUUUCUGUGAAAAACACAUUACAUUAAUGUAAAGGAGAUGUGCCAAUGGUGGAGAAUGGCCAUUAAUGAGUCUACCUGAUGGGACUGUACCAUCCCAACAUGUACUAUUGAAAAAUAUAAUUUUCCACAUUUCAAGGGGUGUUUAUCAUUCAUUGUAUUUUUAUUUGAAUCUAAUUGUUAUACGUUUUCUAAGGAGAGGCAUAAUUUUUCAAGGACCACUAUAGUGUCAGGAAAACAAACUCAUUUUCCUGGCACUAUAUAACCCUUAGGUCCCCCCCCCACACCCUCAGGGCCCCACUCCAGCUGGGCUGAAAGGGUUAAAACCCCUUCCGACAGUUACCGUUAUCCAGUGCCAGGCUCCCUCGAUGCUGGUGACCUCUCCUGCCUCUCCGACAUCGGCUCCCAAGUGGAGCCCAAUGCGCAUGCACGGCCAGAGCCGCGCACACAUUCAAAACGCCCACAGGAAAGCAUGCUCAAUAUGUUUUUGACAUUGAGCGUCGGGGAAGCACCUCUAGCACCAGUCAGGAAGACAGCCACUAGAGGCUGGAUUAACCCUGUAAACAUAGGUUAAAAACCUGGAGGACCUGGCACCCAGACCACUUAAUUGAGCUGAAGUGGUCUGGGUGACUGUAGUGGUCCUUUAAGGUUUGACAGGAUUAUUCACUUAAGUGAGAAUUGUGAGGAAUUCCCAGUGAAUUUCAAAUUUUGAGUUCCAAGUAGCUGAAUUGGAAGGACAACUAAGUUGAAGAAUAAAUUUUUCCGGUUUUGCUACUAUGGCAUUAAUCGCACUUAGAAUUCCCAACAAUUCUCACUUUAGUGAAAAAAAAUUCCUGUGAGAUUAUUAAUUAUUAUUUUAUUUUUAAAUUGUGUGUGUGUGCAUUUAUAUAUAUAUGUGUGUUUGUGUAUAUAUGUAUAUAUAUGUGUGUGUGUGUGUGUGUAUAUAUAUAUAUAUAUAUAUACAUAUAUAUAUAUAUAUAUAUAUAUAUAUAUAAAUACAAAAUACCCCUGCACUCCAACUAGAAAAAUAAAAAUAGUACCUGGUGCUCUGGUGGCUUAAUCAUAAAGGUGUCCUGAUGAAAGCUCCCCAGUGGAGCUGAAACGUCGAAUUCUAAAACAAAAUUCCAAAACAAAAUCUGCACCACUAAAAGCCAAGUGGAAAAGAAAGAUACUUAUCUCAAAAUUAUAGUCAGCUUCCAACAGAUCACCUCCCAGACAAUGGUCUUAUACAGAUAGAACAAUAUACAAACAAAAACAUGAAAACACUUUGGGAUACAGAGGGCAGGUGUGCGUACUUGCCAAAGGUAUACAAUAUUAAAGAAAGGAUAAAAUAGAGGUGGAUUGGCGCUAAAGUGCAAAUAUAAAUGCAACAACCCCCAGUGUCUAAAAUCACUUGAAUGACACUGAAUACAUAGAUAAACACAAAUGGAUAAUGGAGGGUGCAAAAGUUAUCAACAGCACACAGUGAUAAAUACUUAUUAGUAUGAGUGUAGAACCUCCUGAUCGUUCUGAAAAAACAGUAUAAAAACAAUCAUAGCAUAAUACUGUGUAAAAUAAAAUUUGAUCAAUUUAUGAGGUAAUUGGUGACUCACAUUUUCCAGAGCCACAACAAGGGGGCUCUGGCUAUGUAGGCAGUUGAAUAAUUAGCUUUUUCUGGCUAUCAGCUCCACUCCUUAGAAUUCUCAUUCCAGUACCACAUAAAUCAGAGGAUAUCCAAUAGGGUUAAAGUGAAGAGACUACUUGAAUAAGAACAAAUUUAAAAAACAGCAGCUACAUAAGCUGUAAACAAAAUAUAAAUAAGAUCACAAACAAUAACAGGUUUCAACCUGGAUCGGUCUUUUUCUUAAUAGACUUUUGGUGGCUUUUAUUGCGUUCUUCCGUUAAUUGAAUUUCACGCCAUUUGGUAUUCUGUGACAAUUUCUGCAUUCCUUCGAUUCCGUUCAGCGCAAUGACGGCAGUUGGCAUAAUUACGUCAUGACAGCAUUGCUGAGUUGCGGUUCACAUCCUCUCGCAGUGCAUACAAAGCCAUUUUGAAAUGGGGCAGAACAGUCCAUAAGACUGAAUUAGUUCAAAGUCUUUGAGAAAUAGGACUUUAAACUACUUACCAAAGGACCAAUCAGGUAAGUGGAAAUAAAGACGUCCACCACACUACCAAUGAAGUUCUUAGGUCUUACCCUAUUUAAAGAGACAUGUGGCAGGGGGAUUUAGGCUGUAUUAUUUUGCACACUGUAUUCAUUGAUUUUAUUACUGGUCCCUGAGAAAGUUCCUUUACAGGAACAAAACGCUUAAGACCUCUGCAUUUUAACAACCUUUGGACUCUUAAAAUUCACCAUGUUUGUGAGUGUUAUAUAUUAUUGCUUGGUAUUUGUCCACCUUCUCAUGUUCCUUCUUCCUGAUGUCAUAGUCAUUGGGUAUUAUCAUGAAUAGGGAUAUUUCUCCACCUGGUACAUGUAAUUUAGACAUGUUCCUCUUUUUGCAGUAUCUCUAUAUGUGUAUAGUUAGUUUAUAUCCUCCCUAUCUGUAUGUUAUUUUCAAAAUGUUUUCUCUUUACUAAUUAUACCGUGAUAUGACAGCUGGUUACAGCUAAUUAUAUAGUUCCCCGAGUUAAGGGAAUAUAUUUAUUUGUUAAUAGUUAUAGUUAUAGUUAGCAGGUAAAACAAAAUAUGUUUGUACACAAACCAAAAGUGCAAUUAGUGCAAAUAAGAUGUUAGCAGACAGAAACUUACCUGUGCAAGGUGAAGCUUCCAAAGGUACCCCGAAGACUUCCUCCUGUCUUCCACAAAAUAUAUACACAAAAAAUAAGGGGAUAAUAUAUUCACUGAAGUUUUAAUGCCUUUUUAAUGCCUUUGAUAUAAAUCCGCUCCCCCAUCCCCACAAAGUGAAGAUUGAACCCUUGGAGGGAAUUUAUAUAAAAGGCAUUAAAACUUCAGUGAAUAUAUUAUCCCCUUUUUUUGUGUAUAUACUUAUAGCUAAUACGUUUUUUUAGAGGAAUUGUAUUGUGAUUUCAUUGUAAAUAAAUGUUUUAUUUUAACCUACUGCACACCAUCACCGUUUUCUCUCUUUUUUUGUUAAUGUUUAAUUUAGGGGUUACCCCCUGUUUUUGCGUCUCAGUUUUAUAACUCAAUGUGAAUUUGUGCAUUUACCGAGUUGAGUGUGUGUGUGUGUGUGUGUACAUGUGUGUUUGCCUAUUUGUGUAUGUAUGUAAAUGGCCAAAUUAUGAGAUAGUAAGAAGCUCAUUCUAUGUGCAUGUUAGCUAGGUAGAUCUGUAUGGCUCAGUGUGUGGUUAAAUCAGGGUAGGAGUUGCAUUGUUUUGGCUGGGUCUAGGACAGCCUAAAACUUAAAUAUAUCAUAUAUAUACUGUUUAUAAGUAGCAUCUCUUCCAAAAUGUAAAAUGGACAAAGAGGAACGGUAUAAUUUUAAGGGUGUGAGAGGGGUUAAGGCUAGGAUCGAGCCUUUUAGGGGACUUACUAAUAACAAUUUAUGUAACGAUAAUGUAAUUAGAACAAUGUAUCUUAUUUACACAGACUGAUUUCUAAAUACAUUUAUUCUAGUUUAAAGACACAUUACUGUGAGUAUUAUUGAUGUGGAGCUCUUUUAUACACUGAGACACACCAACAACAUGGAUCUCCUAGAAAAGAGUGGAGGGACAUUAGGACAGAAAAGAGGAACAGAGGGAUUUGAGCCCAAAAUAGGGACUGACCCUCCUUAAUAGGGACACUUCGGAGGUGUGAAGUAGUAGUACAAGAUGAAUAGCUGAAAUAUAAUCUUAAAAUAAAUGACUGUGAUUACGUACUCUUUUCUUUAUUAUUCAAGCAAGUUGUAUACAGCAUUAGCCAUGAAUAAGAUUAGGCUAUUUGCAAUUGUCACUGGCUUCUUGUUUGUGAUUUACUGAUGGGUUGAGAAACAAUUCUCCUUGUGUUCUCGUUUGCUGAGAUGACAUCAGCUCACAAGAUCCUUUAAAUUGAGGAGGAAGCUGAGCUGUGGGUAGCACAAGAUAUUUACAAAACUUGGCAAGAUCAAAAUAGAUUGCUCAUUACACUGGCUAUAUCACUUAGACAAACAAGGUAAAUAUCAUAUACAUUACUUCUGUUUGACUGAUUGUAGGUUAUAGAUUUACUGUAGGCUGAUUGAGAAUUGUAGUCCAAGAACAUUGUAGCAUAUUUUUUCUUAAUGCUGCCACCACAAGGUUAACCUAAAAACAAACAAUGGGUUACAUUGUAUUACGCAAUUAUAUUAAUUAGCACACGGUCUACCAUGCACCUUAGUUAUGUAAGGCUAUUCACAUUAAGCAGAAUGAGAACAAUGAUGUGAUACAAUUCUGUUUAUUAAAAAGCUUGGAAGACGGACUAAAAAGCUCUGCAUCGUAAUAAAUAGAACCUAGUUUUGGGAGGGGCAGUAGUAGAUUAUUUAAAGGAACAAUCCAGCAGGGUCCUCUUUGGCGGUGACAUCACUGCUGUACUCGAUAGACACAGCUAAUUCCCUGCAGCCGUCAAUGGUGUCGGUUGUCGGGAUUGAGUCUUAUACUCUGCUCCGAGUCUAAGAAAGUAAGGCGGAGGAAAUAUACAGAGACCCUACUUUGUCUUAGAAUAUCUCUUACCUGGGUUGGAAUUCUAGUAAAAUUCCAACACAGUCAAAAUUAGUAUUUCAUUAAGAUUCUAUAUUAAUGAAAUACUCAUUUACAGGGGGGUGACUGUGCUGCUUUCAAUACCUAGCAUCUUUAACAUCUAUACUGACAAUGUCCUUUUAUCCUAUUCUUGAUUAUUGUAUUUGGUUGGAAUGUGGUUUUUUAGACUAAUGUAUAAGUAAAUAUAGUUUGCAUAUACCAUGUACAUUCCUUAUAUUUGGGGAACUCCCUGCCGUAUAGACACAAUGUGAAGGGUGCUUUAGUCUAGCUCGUCACAAAACACCACAAGGAAGUAAAAAUUACAAGCAAUGCAUUUUUGUUUUUUCCCCUAUAAUUUGAGAAGCGUGACCUACAUUUUGCAUACCUCACAUAUAUUCCCUUCCAAAGAUAAGACAUUACUGAGAUUCAUUAGGGCAAUAUUUAGGGGAUUUACUGAUUUGUCAUGUGUAUCUAAGUAUGUAUGUAUCUGUAUGUGUAUGUAUGCAUGUAUGUCAAUAUGUAUGUAUCUGUAUGUAUGCAUGUAUGUAUGUCAGUAUGUAUGUGUAUGUAUCUAUAUGUAUGUGUGUGCAUGUAUGUAUGUGUAUGUAUGUAUCUAUCUGUAUGUGUAUGUAUGUAUCUGUAUGCAUGUAUGCAUGUAUGUAUGCAUGAAUGUAUGUCAGUAUGUAUGUAUGCAUCUAUCUGUAUGUAUGUGUGGGUAUGUAUCUCUCUGUAUCUGUAUGUAUGUCACCCUUAUUUUAGUUAUUCAGCACAUUAACGUUAAGCCAUUAACCAGGCAAAACCGAAUUGCAAAAAAACAAACAAUUUUGCAGUUCAGUAUUCAUUUCACCACUCUUUGCUGUUUAGUGAAUAAACCUUAAAAUAUUCCACAUUGAGAAUGUUCAUUUUCAACAAUGGUGGCUGCUGAUAGGUUAAGAUGGUGGAAUGUUGGAAUCCACCUAUUUAAUCUGACUCAUGCCCAUCAUUUCAAUUUAUCCUUCUGUCCGAAGUCAGAAUAUAAUGAGUUACCUAGCAAGUGCUUCAAAUACCAAACUGUAUAAGUUACACGCCAUCACCCAGAAUACAGUGAGUUAAAUAAAAGAAAUUGGAAAAAGAUUCAUCCAAGCUUCAACUUUUGCUACAGCUAUAUAUUUAGAAUGAAUUCCUAAAAUACAGAUAUACACUAUACGGCAAAUAAGCAGCUGUUCACAUAUAUGUUAAGUAUUACAGUUUGCGCUUAUGUUGCAUAUCUGUAAAUAUAUAUAACACACGUACAGGGUGAUCCAAAAGUAGGCAUACAGUUGAAUCAAUUAAAUUCAGAAUAUAUGGGUAUGCAUACUCACUGGCACACAUAAGAAGAGCAGUUACAUUUCAGGGAUUUACAUAUCAGUGUGGCAGUUGGAAACAAUAGUAGAUAAUAGAAUGGAGAGGCCGGAAGGCUUCUACUGGCUAUGUUGCUACUGGCAACCACUUUAAAAGAGGAAUAGCCAACAGACAGAGAUGGUAGAGUAAGUAAAUUAAUGAAUGGGGAAAAUGCAUAGGUAGAACCUUUAAUUUAAUAGUAGCUGUCCAUAGACAACUGGGUAACCUUUUUUUGUGAAGUCCAUCGUCGUAUGAUGCUUGUUGAUCAUUCUUCACUGUCGGAGAGUGUGCUUUAUUCUCUGUGUGCGGUCUGACAGGAUAACUGGACAAAACUGCUCUCUGCCACCAUGGGUGCACCUGGCGUGGAGACUGGCACUGAGUACUCAAACUGACUGCAUGAUUGUGUUGUGGAAGUCUCUCACACAAGGCCUACUAAACAGUGUAUCUCAACUCAUUUCUAGAGGGCUGCCUUAUAUUAUGCAAACUGGUAUAUGCUGCCCAAAUAUUUUAAAUUAGUUUUUUUACGGAAUGAAAAAACAGCAGUAGCAUAUAAAGCUUUGUAUGAUAUGGAACAUUAACCUGGAAACCUCCAUGGUAGAUCGCCGAUUGUCCUUCACCCAAGAGUUGCUUACCUAGGCAAUGAGUAUCUCUAUUAAUAUGAAGUGCUAUAGUUUACUUACACUAUAUACUGAUUGAAACAAUGCCUAAAGAAGUAAUUGAUUACGCAGGCAUAGGCAACCUUCGGCACUGCAGAUGUUUUGAACUACACCUCCCAUGAUGCUUUGCCAGCAUUAUGUGUGUAAGAGCAUUAUGGGGGAUGUAGUCCACAACAUCUGGAGUGCCGAAGGUUGCCUAUCCCUUGAUUAUCCUUCCCUAGUGUAGCUCCUCACCAAAAACAUGGUCAUGCUGGGCUGAUGCUGUCGUGUUCUACUAUGCCACUAACUCCGCCCCCUUGUACUUUGAGCCAAUGACAGCUUCUUAAUAGAAGGCAUCGUGCGAGUUGUAUUCGCGAGUGUUUGGCUCAGAUGCUCAAAUGGCAACUGAAUGGGUGGCCUUCUUAAAGGAAACAGAGCAUGCGUAAAGUCCCCUUAUCUUGGUACCCAAGAGAUGGUAUUACUUUUUUGAUUUGUGCAAAAUAAUUCUGAUGCAUUGCUUCAAGAGCCCCUAUGGAAGAGCUUUGAUUGAUUUUCCUAACUAUAUACACCUAUAUUAAUACACAAUUACUACAAACUAGUUGAUGUUGCUUAACCUGCAAUGAGCCUGGAAAAGUCAAUCCUAAAUGCUACAUUCAUCUCUUUUACAAUGGUAAAUUUUUAUACCAGUUGCAUCCAACAGCUAGUGAAACAUGUGGGUGCAUCAUGGGACAUAUCAACAUUUCUAAAGCAGGAAAUGGUUCUCACAUUAUAUUGCUAAAAUAUUUUUUCAUCUAAAUGUUUGUGUAAAUAACCAAACAUAUGUCAGCUAAACAGUCUCGUUAUCUUCAUAAUUUCUGUUUCCACUGCGCAGAUCUUCUGAUUACAACGAAAAAUCAUAUACUGAAACGGCAAACUUGUCUCGGAAAAUCAGUAUAGUUCACUUGAAGACUGACACAAGCAGUGAUCAGAAUUGUUUUCCUUCAAGUCCUUUUUCAAAUAAUGCUGGAAUUCAGGAUGCAUCUUCACAUGAAAAUGUGGUUUCUAAAAAACUGGACAGCACCCCUGUUAAUUGGGAGCCAACAGAAUGUAAUCGUGUGAAUAUCCUACAGAUGUCAAUGAGUAACUCAUCUCAAAAGUAAGUGGAAUAUGAAAUAAUAUUUUCAGAACAAUUAAAAAAAGUAAAAAUUUUUUUGUCAAAGUGUGUAUUUCGGUUCUAAUGUAUCAGACAUCUCCUGUAAAUCCACAGGUCUUCUGGUCAUGGCGUAAGCCCCCAGGCAAGAUGGAGGGACGAUGAUGCUUAUGCAUCGACUCCACAGUCGAGCUACCAAAGCCAUGAAACUAAAGUAAAGGAGGAGGGUUUCUAUCCAAUGUAUUCUGAUGAUGAUGAUGAUGACGACGACAAUUUUUACAAUUUUUUUAAUGAGCCACCAGGUCUGAGAGAAUCUGAAGAAAAUCCGACAAAUGGAGCUUCAUCUACUCCAUGGCAAGUAAAGUUUUGGAGCUUAGGAUGAGAUUUAUUAGGUGAUGGUUUCAGUUUUUUUUUUGGUUAGUGGAAGAUUUUGAGUGUUCUACUACAAUAGUCUAUUGCUUAUUUAAUUUUUAAUCCUGUUUACUUUAAACAAUUGAAUAAACCAUAUAGUGUGGAAACUUGAAAAGGAAAUUGUAAAUGGUGAAAAAAAAGAUAAAUAUAAAUAAAAACAGAGCAGAAGACCCCCGGAUCCCAUAUAAACAGGGUGGAACUUUCACCUUUUGGGGAGGGGUUCAAAUACCUGACAAGAUUCAUGCUAAAAUCGUGUUAUCUAUUCCCUGGUGCAGUUACAUGGAGAUAUAAUAACAAAUGUUUAAAAAUAGGUCAUGUGAUUUGCAAAUUAUCUAGCCCAGGGCAUGCGUGUCAUGCAACCUAUGGCAUGUGUGUCACGCAUGACACUCCAGGUGCCUUUGCACUGCACUCAAGGCUGCCGGAGCCAAACAGACUCUGGACUAACAGGAGUCCCAGUGGAACUUCAGAUAUUUGCAAGUGCAACCCAACACAAACACAAUAUGGCAACAUACAUAACUAAAAAUUUUUAAAAAUAGGACCUGCACUUCGUGAUCCUGUUUUGGCACAGUACUACUAAAAUGUUGCCUACCCCUGUUUAAGCACAUAUAUUGCCACCCUCUAUUUUGAAGAAAAAAAAACAACAAACAAAAACAUGGGGUUGCACAGUAGUCCUCUGACCCAUGUAGCAUGUAUCCCAUAUUCAGCCUGGCCUUACUAGACUAUAAUGCAUUUACACUCUCUUCAUACACAUUUCCCGAGACUUUUUAAUGCAAAGCAAGGGAAUAUUUAUUCAGAUGGCAUAAUUAGAAUGAAAAACAGACAGAUUUUGUUGUUUGGUGGCAGUGUUACAGUUUUAUUAUUUGGGAUUUGGUGCAGUGUUCUAUUGGUCUCUGCAGUGCAUUCUCUUCAAUAGUCCCAUGUAGUCUUUCUAUGCUGCUUACUAUAAUUCUUUCGCGCCUUGGUAUAGCAAAUCCAUUGCCAUUCAGACAAUCCUGACAUGUUAUUAGUCUUGGAGUUGUUAAGUGCUUUCAUUUACAAGUUUAACAGUUGCUUUGAUCUACACCCUGAUAUUUAUGUGUGUCUGUGCCCCUGCUUUGCACACAGGUUUUCUAAUCCCACAGGUAAUGAAAGGCAGGCUCCAGUGGUGUCUGAUGGAUAUUCUUCAGCUGCUACAGGCUUCAGAGCACCUGGAGAUGUAGUUCAACAUAUUCCACAAUUUGAAGAUCAUGCAGAGGGUCUCUCCAAUACCAUCCACCCAGCAGUUGCUGAACUCAUUGACACAGAAGAAUCUUACUUCCGAUCCCUGCAGUUUAUUAUCUCUUACAUUAAAGAUAAAUUAAAGGGGGUAUGUAAUUAGAUUUUGCCAUUUUCCUAGUGUUUUUUAGGUUUGCCAGAUUGCUACAUUUUUGUUGGCUAUAUAUGAAUGACAUAUGUUGUUGGUCUCUGCACCAAAAAAUGCAACCUUUAGUAUUUGUACAUUGUAUAAAAUCAGGCACAGAUCUUAUUGACCUGUUAAUAACUUAUAUUAACUUAUAAAGCAAAUGCAAAAUGCUAAACUUAGUUUGACACUAGAGUAAACAUUAAAAAAAGUUUUUUUGCCCUGGGGUGCUCUUAAUCUCAAGUUACCUUACUAAGAAAAGAGAGCAGAUGCCUCCUAAUUAGAGGGAACUCUAUAGGAACCCUGGUGACAAGGAUGUGGGUGUUCCAAGUACGAGAAAGCGAUCCGUAUAAAUCUUCUAAUCCUCAGAAGUAAAACCCGUUGGAACCAAUACCACUCAACUGACACCCUGGUGCAGUGCCAGAGGAAACCUCUUACUAUCACUUGUAAAGCCAACCAUCCCUUCAAGUACAGAACUAAGAAGUAAUCUAGAAUCUCCUGACCUAACUAGGAAAUACAUUAAAAAAACAAAUUGAAAUUACUCCUAACUUUGCAAUUAAAAUCAGUCUAUAAAAUAUUUGUAUGUAUAUAUAUAUAUAUAUAUAUAUAUAUAUAUUUAAAUAACUUAGUCAGUGUUCAUAGUCCAUAUAUUCUCCAUCUCUGAAUACUGAUAAAAUACAUCAUCCAGUAUUUUCUAAACCAUGGGUAGGCAACCUUCGUCACUCCAGAUGUUGUGGACUACAUCUCCCAUAAAGCUCUUACAAUCAUAAUGCUGGCAAAGCAUUAGGGAGAUGUAAUCCACAACAUCUAGGGUGCCAAAGGUUGCCUACACCUGUUCUAUACAUUGGAUGACAGGGCUUUUUAAACUUAUUUUUCAAUGUUUGUAGUAAUUUUAUUUCCUCCAACAUAUAUUCUGUUGUAUGAUCUUCAGGUACCAGAGGUGGACGUCCACAGCCUUUUCUCAAACAUUGAAGAGAUUUUUCAGAUGACUAGAUCCUUCUCAACAGAGUUAAAUCAAACCAAGAAUGAUGAGAAGAACCAGCUUGUUAAUAUUGGUAGGUUGUAAAGAUACCCACGUGAGCUGUAGACUUGUGCAUUUGACUUCAAAUAACUUGAGAUUGGCGGAAAUUUUAGAUCGGCAAUUAGUCUGAAAUCCUAAACUCAGAACUCUACAUGACUGAAUCACAAACAAAACAAAGAAUAAAUGAGCCGUUUCAUUUGUUUUGUGAUUUCAAGGGGAAUGAUUGAUGAUGGUUAGUGAGAAAUUACCAGUAGAAGAGGAACAAGGAGUAAAAAAAAUAAAUAAAAAUCUAUAUUUAUUUUUGUAUUAAUGUAUAAUACUCUUCUUACUUAAUCCAAAUGGUGUGAAAAUACGCCUACCAGUGUACUGCAAAAUAUAUACAUAAUAUUUAUAUGAUGCAGUACACUAAUUUGCCAAUUUUCAUUCCUUUUUGGUUUGUCCAAAUUUUUUUAACCAAAAUGAUCGCAUGGAUGAAAAUUGUCUAAGAUCAGCCAAAAUUAUUUUUGUAUUCAUUUUUUUUUUUGAGUCAAAUCAAUUUCUUUUCUCCUUGAACAAGUCUAAUGAGCUCCAUCAUCUGCUUCUAUGAAACACGCUGCUUUAUUUGACCCUCUGGCUUAAUUUUCUGAAUUCCAGGAAUCCUUUUUCAAGAAUACUGUAGUGACAUGGAAAAUGUUUACUCACGGUAUUGUUGUGGAUAUCAGAGAGCCCUGACGCUGCUGGACCAGUACAAGGAGACACACAUAUUUGAAAAUAUUCAAGAGGCUCUGGCCACUGAAUCGUGAGUACAGUUACAGAGCAGCUUCCUUUGUGUUUUAAAUUGUUUAACAAAGUAACAGAAGAACAGGUAGACGCAGGUAAAAAGAGAUUGCAUUUUAUGGGGGGUUUUGGAUGACUUAACUGGCAUGUAUCACUUUUCUUGCAGGGAUGUGUCUGUUUUCUUUCUAUCCCAUAUUCAACUUACUAUUUUACUAAAGUGACGGGAAUUUAAAAUGAAAUUUAGGCCAUUAUAACGGAAAGAAAUACACUCCAAGUUAAUACAGAUUUUAGUCUGGCUAUUAUGGCCUUAAAUUUUAAAUUCAAUUUGAGUUCCUGGCAGUUCUCACUUUUGUGAGUAACCAUGUUUGUGUUUAUCUAAUUUCCUCCAAUUUGUAGAAUUAUGAUGUAACCUAAUUUUAGAGAGUAUCUGAUUUACACAAAUGUAGUCAUUGGUUCUGUCGCUCCAAAAGAUACUAAUUUACCGGACUGUCUUAUUACAUUAUUAUUAUUAUUGUUAUUUUUAUUAUUUAUAAAGCUCCAACAAAUUCAGCAGCGGUGAAUGGGGGGUCUAAGAGACAAGUUUUUGAGGGCCCUGGUCAAAUGAGCUUGCUUGGGUAUAGUAACACAAAAGGUAAGGUGGAUGACAGUUGAAGAAGAGGAAGCAAGUUACAGGGAGGGAAAUCUAUUAAGAGUUUAAUUGAAGAGUGGUGAUGAGUUUUUAAUAAUUUUUUUGAAAGAAUGUAGAUUUAGUUAGAGUUUAACGGAGCUGGGAGUUCCAUAGGAGUGCUGUGACCAAGAGACGUCUUGAAGGUGAGUGUCAGGGGUGACAGUACAAACAGAGGAAAUGACGAAGAGCUUAGGGCCCUGAAUGGGACAUACUUGUUGUGGCAAAAGUGACCUCACCACUGGGGUUUGGAGGGGCCUGGUUGCUCGCCUUUUGCCCCAAGAUUAUGGCCCUGUGGUAUAUUGAGACUUUUGGGAAAAAUGUCCCCAGACCGUUAAAAUACUUUGUUCGUGGCUUUUUCCUAUAUGGUUCGGUAAAUGGGGCUUACCGUACCAAGUACCGAACAGGCAGACCACACACAAGUUGAAGUGUGCAGGCUGGCUGUUAACCGCAUGUUAAUUGCUGACCGCAGGGUGGCCGCCGUUCGUACAGACGAACACGUGGUGGCGGCCAUCUUUAUUUAGUCGAACGCGGUCAGCUGUCAAAUCCAUGGAACUAAAAUAGGCUACACAUUUGCACGAACACCGCUGACCCUUACUUUCUCUGCAACUUCGACGCUUCGGCUGAAAUCGAAGUGCUUUCAACGAUUCAAACGCUAUGGUAUACUGAGCCAUUUGCACGAACGGAACCCGUUCGUGCAUUCGAAUGGGACUUAGUCAUUUUUCUGUGUGAAAUAGACCUACCGCACAGCCCAAAUCUAUGGAACUCUUUUGGGCAGGAAAGCAAUGCUUGCAUUAGGUCAAAAAGGACUUCCACCUAACUUUUAAACAUCUGGAAGGAAUUGUCUGAUGUUUGAGUAUGUUUGUAUUUGGAGUAUGCUGAUUUAGAAUAUGUAUUUUUUAUAGAGAUUGCAUGUAUAGUUUAGGAGUUAUGAAUAUUGUAUGAAACUGUAUAUUUUCCUGUCUGUAAUAAUUAAGUUAACCCAUUGUGUACAGUAAUUAUAUCACAGGCAGAGAGGAGGGUUUGUGUGUCCUAACUAGGAGUGUUUAACUGUAUUAUAAUGUAUUUGAUUGGCUGUGCCACAAAACCAUGUGGGUGGUAACAUUGUGUAAAAACAUGUAUAAAAGAAGCAAUAAAACCACAGCUCUGCCUGUUCCUGCUUACACUCCAAACUGUGUGUCGUACAGUUAUUGGAGGAAGAAUAUUUGCUCCUGUGUCUGCUGUUCCAGCUUGCAGGAGAUUCAACGGGGAAAGUCCUUGUAAGGACUAGAGCUAAUUCCCCAUUCGGUUCCAGAGUUCCCAGGACUGAGUAGCAUCCAGUGCCUGGAGGUGUCUGCUCGAGUGCUUGGAGCCCUCAGGAAGCGUAUCCUUCAACGGAGGUACCCAGUCGGGGUGCCAGGUGUUCCGUUACACUUGUGUAUUAGGUAGGAUAGGUAGGUAGGAGCAGCAUUCUGUAGAGAUUUGUAAGCAAGUACCAUAAUUUUAAAUUGAGCCCUAUAUCUUAUGUAGGGACUGACAGAGGCUGGAGGUGUGGGAGGUGUGGGUAGACAGGAAGAUGGGCCUCAUUAAUUUUAGACUGUAAUGGGGCAAGUUGGGAACAUGUAACACCACUGAGAAGUGGAUUGUACUAGUCAAGGCGAGAGAAUAGCGGCGUGGCCCAACACCUGGCUGCGUCAGUUGCAUACAAAUGAAUAAAUGACCAUUGUGAUAGCUGAAAAAAGAUGGAUACAAGUUAUAUAUAAUAUAUGAAAAAUUUAAAUGCAUUGCUAAAACUGAACAUGCAUAUUACAGACAAUUCGGACUGAGUUGCUUGCAUUGUGAAUUAAACUAUAUUUCAUAAACUAUUACAGUCAACUUACACUCUGCCCAUUUCCAUUUUAGAUCAUCUUCAUGCCAAUACACUGACAUCACAUUCUACCUAGUAAAACCUAUGCAGCGUGUCACCAAGUACCCCUUACUAGUGCAGAGGAUACUUGAAAUCAAGUCAAUCAGCAAAGAAGCAAAGGAUGCAUUGGAGGGAGCAUUGCAAGCUGUGAUGCAAAUGAACACUAACAUUAAUGAGAACAAGAGACGCAAGGAAGUUGGUAAGUAACUCUAUCCAACUAUUUAAAGGGACACUAUAAGCACACAUAUCUGUUCCUGCAGUGUGACAAAUGUAAACAUUGCGUUUUUUGCCACUGAUAGCCACUGGAGACAUUUCCUCAUUAAGACCUUUUCAAGGUCCUCGUUUCUGCUGUUCUCAAACCAAGCAUGAUGCAAACACUGAUAACUCUACUCCUAGAGACGCUCUGGGAUAAUAGACCAGGGAGGGAUAGAAGUUAACCCUCUCCUCUCAAAGCCUUGUGUUGCACAUUCUACAUUAAUAUUUAUUUUGUGUUCUGAGUUCUCCUCUCUCAUCUCUUCAAUGUGAAACAACCAAUUUAUUCUGCUUGUAUGUUUUAUAUUCUUCUUUGAACAUCCCUCUUUAUUCUAGACCAUAGUGUUGGGCCACGCCGCUAUUCUCUCGCCUUGACUAGUACAAUCCACUUCUCAACUAACUGAAACUUUUCUUUAUUGACUUUAUGAGAAUCUUUGGAAUUCACACUAACCAAUGCACAUAUCACAAAUGACAGCUAUUUCUCAUUUUUAUCUAAAACUGUAUGUAUACAUAGAAACAACAUUCUGUUAGUGGACAUUUCUAUGCUUUUGAAGGCAUCUCACAGGAACCAAGGAAUUGUCCUACUAGAAAUGUAAGUACAGAUGUAAGGAUAAGAUUUCGAUUGUGUUGUAUAGGGUUUAUUGGGAGCAUCUUUAGUAACAAAAUAUGUUUACUAAAAAUUAUCUCAUGUAUGUUCUUAAAUCUCCUGAUUUUCACAGUUUGUUUCUAACUGCUGUUUUAAGUUAGGCAUUAAAUGUGGGUCUUAUCUAAUGAGACCAUUUUACAAAUGGCUAUUUUGUGUUGUAAAAGUUUCACUGGCAGUAGACUUUAUUAUUUUUUACAGAGGUUCUCUCAGAAAUGGUUCUCUAUAUCUUUAAUACAAAACAAUAGUCAGUCAAUGCAGUAAAUGGGUGUAAGAAAUAUAUCCAGAUUGCAAAGUAGUAAGCAGUUUUGGGUCUCACGUGGCCACUACCAAUAGGCCAUGAUUUAAUAGAAAUCAUUAAAUAUCUAACUAAAAGAGAUUGUGUGGUGUGCAAUAAUGCAACUUACCCAUAUGAUCGGAAAUACGACAGACACCUUUUUAAAUUGUGAAGGACACAUCAUUUAUAGUAGUUACUAUGUUACUAUAUGGCUGCAGCGCUUGCAAUAUACAUAAAACAUAGUAAUAUCAUGGAAAUGAAGUUGAAACAAUUACGUAUUAAAAAUUUUUAAUUAAGGAGCAAGGUCCCAUAUUAGUAAAACCUUUUAAAUAUAUUUUUAAAACAUUACUUUUGAUCACAGUAAAGCAAUUAUGUUUGCUCUUUUGAUAUCUUUUGUAAUGUCAUUUUUGAUUUAUUUGAAACCCAUGCCAAAAAUCAUGACCUGAUUAUAAUGCCUAAAAGAUGGACAGAACCAAGGGGAACAUUUUCUUUCUCACACAAAAUCUUGAAAAAGGCCUCAAGGUUUACAUAUACAUCCUUUACAGAUUUCUUGUCCUGUGUCAUGUGACAAAACCCAGUAAACCAAGAAGGAUAAUACUUAUCUUAUGUAGAUUAAUUUUUACUUGAAUAUCCUUAAACUAAUUGGUGAAGCCCUUCCUAUAAUACUUAAAUACCAUGUUAAUUACGUAACAGGUUUUUCAACUGGAUUAGGUUUUUGAAUUUUGUUGAAUCCUUCUCUGUUAUUGGUAUGUAUAAAUUGUGUUCUGCCCUUGUAUUUCUAUAGCCAGCAAGUAUGUCCAGGAGGACCAACGCACUCUGCUGGAGAAAGUAUACCAGAUAAAUAAACACACUCUGUCUAAGAAGAAGUCACGUUUAAGCCAGUUGUUAAAGCAACAAGCUGGCAUAGUACCCAAGGUACGACAACUAUGUGAGUUCAGUGUUCUGAGGCCCAACAAUUGGAUUUAUGGUGGAUGUAAUAACCACCAAACUCUUGUGAUGGUAAAAUUAUAACACAAGAGCUGUCUGUGACCAAGCUGACCUCUUUAUUACUCCAUUUCAACCCAUGUUACAUUAUGUGUGUGUGUGCAUGUGUGUGUGUGUGUAUAUAUAUAUAUAUAUAUAUUCUAUCUAUAUCUAUCUGGAGAAAAGGGAGUAUGCCUGGAAUCUUGGAUUCAUAAUCCCAUAAAUCUACAAUGAAAAUGAACGGUCCAGGAUUCCUUUUCAGUUGAGCUCACAUACCAUGGGCACUUUGUCGUGAUUUAAUAAAGAUUCAUAAGGAUAAUUUAAGAAAGUGGUACUUAACAUUUAUAUGUUAUGGAUCCAAAUGAUUGUUAUGGGAUUACUAUGGUGACUCAUUUCAAUAAAUAUAUGUAAGACAAUAAAUUCUACAUUAGACUGCUUCCUGUAUUAAAGGUGCUCUUCACAUCAGAAGUCGAGGCUUUGCUACCAUAAUGAACAAUAUAUUGUAGGCUUUUGUCUAGGAAAUGAUCAGCAAACCAUUGGGGACUCAAUGUUAAGUCUGGACCCAUGGUUUAAGAAACACUGUUCAGUGAGGUAGCAGGACAGAUGCACAUUGGGCUUCCACGCAUUGGCCUCCUUUUAAUUACUUGAAAAGUUUUUCUAACAGAUUGUAGGUAAAUCAUUUUGGAAGCUUUUUAAACAAUCAAUGACAGAGUUUGCCAUUUAAGUGGCUCUGACAUGGUUUGCCCUCUCUGCCUCUUGUCUUUAUUUUUAUAUUUUCUUCACUGCGCUGGAUCUUAAUACCUGGUGUCACAGCACAAGGGUGCCUAAUUCAUUAUUGCACUAUGGAAUAUUGUCCUUUAAUGUAAUUUGUGUAGAGCACAGAUGAACUAGUUGCCUGGUAGAGAUGGUAUUGUCAAUGUCAAAAGGGGUUAAUUUGAUUGUAUGGAAGGUUUAUAGCUAUAAUUCCUUUUGAAGCUGGGACCUCCACAGAGGUCAGAUGACAGGAGGGUAAUGUAAAUUGCAUAGAAUUGUGAAAGCUGCAAGGUGUGAGAUUCUACACGUGAAAAGCCUAAAUGUUUGACUUCAGCCAUAGGUCCUGCACCUCUUAAUUAAUGAGUCAAUCUAUUUGAUAUGUUAAUGGCCAUUAGCCUUGUUUCAGUAUCAUAUCCAAAAGGAAAAAACAUUAAUAUUUACACACCAAAUAAUUAAGCCUCAUUUUUGUUAUAUUUGGAAUGUGACAAGCGCCCUCUUCUAAACAUGCCCAAACAUGGUUGGCAUAACUAUACCAUAGGGGAAGGAACUAUACCAUAGGGGAAGGUCCACUAUAUUGGGUCGUCAGUACUGUGUGCGACACUUCUAUAGAAUGGGAAAAUAAUAACAAAUUCGUAGAUGCAGUUAUUAUUUCUGUGACAGGUACAUAAGGGAAGAUAGAACCAAUUGUUUCCAUUUGGAUUUAUGUUGGUCUGCAACACAAGGGGGUGGUCACUCAUUAUCUCUAUAGAUAUGAAUAUACUGGGUAGAAUUAUCUAAUAUGGUGCAGUAUGGUCGGUACAGUGGUGAGAAAAGAAAAAUAUCCUAUACUGGAUUCACUCACGUGGUCUAGAGCCUUUUAAGGACCGGCUCUGAUCGCAUAUUCACCUUAUUUUCAAUUAUAUUUUAUUUCAAAUUUACUUUGAAUUCAUGGAAAUUCACACUUUAGUGAAUAAGCCUGAGAAGAGUCUUUACCUGAUUAGGUAAUUUUCCAAAUCACUUUUUUUUUGGUGUGGUUUUAUGUAGGUUGUGUGGAGAGUGGAGACAGUGGAAAGAAACAGGGAUAGGAAUAAGUUAAGAGUCUCUACUGGUAAAGACAAGCCCCCAUAAAACCUCUUAGAAAUAAGUGAAUAAAAAUAGGUGUAAAAACCUACACGUACCAGGAGAUCCCUAAACCAAUAAAAGAUGGAGUCUAAUAUUCAUAUAGAUAGCUCUAAGAAAUAAAGUGCAAAAUAGAACCAAGACAAUUGGAAGAAUUUGAAAUGACAGUAGCAAACACAUAAAAGGGUGGAAUACAAUCUGAAAAACGAACACUAGAUGUCAGCCAAGUGCUAAGUAGUCUCACAUAGAGGGGGAGUGUUAACUAAACAAUCAAUGUUCAGCAGACUAAAAUAGCAAUGAAAAAAACAAAUAUGACUUAAAUGGUCUGUGGCUUAAAUGUAGAUCUGCACAGUCUCAUCUAUUUUAUAAAAUACCACUCAAUAGUCCAAAACUUUGUAAAAUGAAUCCAGAUUAAUGGUAAAAAUCAGUAACUGAUGUUCUGUAUACCAAAGUUUGUUUGAUGUAGAAAAUGAACCUGAUGUGGAAUAAUUUCACUGUCACAGUCAACACACUAUGUAGCUAUCCAUUAAAAAAGAUAGUAACAUUCAUGUAUCAGACUGCAAACACAGUAUAACCAGUGCUGGUAAAAUAAAAUAAGAUGGUGCAUAAAAGAUAAUAUUACUCACAUACCACUAUAGCAGGUAAAUGGUAAUAAUGGUUGCUUCAAGAUACAUGCUUAAAAAGAGAAAGAGGUAGCAGUGCUUUUCAAUGAAAAGCUUCAAAUUUAUUCAUCAAAAUUAAAUAUGAAAUCCACUCACGAACAUGAAGUGUAAUAAAGCAGCAAAAGAGUCCUGGGGGUCUGCAAGAGCGGGUAGUGUUGGAAAAAUAUUGUGGAAGAUCCUAACCCCGGCCGGUAAGGUGAUCUCGCUGUGCUGGGAGAGAUGGAACCUUUAUUAACUUCUGCCUUUGUCUGAUUAAGCAUCACAUUUCCUGAAGAUACUAAUUAGUAUUUUUGCAAUUCCUUAAAUACUGCGCUAAGUUGUACUUGGUGGGUUUUUAUUAUUGAUUUACCUGGGGGACCAAGGCACCCCAUUUAUAAAUUGUCAUGGGCAUUUUUGUGAUUAACAAAAAAGCUUUUCCAAAGGAAAUAAAUUGAAGCCAUAGUUUGAAUGAUUACCGCUAGACUCUAGAGAAUUUAAUGUCUGAGGUACCCCUUCUCUUCAAUUUCUAGCUCAUGAUAAAGAGAAGCAAUGUAGAGGAGGAGGGGUUGGGUAAAUAAAUGCUUUUUGUUAUGCUACUUUUUGGUGAUCUUUUGGGAACACUUGAUGAUUUGGAAGAAGUCAACAGUGUUGUAGAGUUGUGUAUGCACUCAUUACUUAAUAUGGCAAUGUAUUUUUUAAAACGACACAACCUUUAGCAGAUUCUGACACAUUCCCAAUACCAUACCUCCUAUUGUUGGAAUGUAUGCCAUGUGCAAGUCCAUCCAUUUAUGCUGCAGACCGUGAAUUGUGUUUAUUAAAAUAAAUAAAUAUAUAAUAUAUAUGAAACCAAGAGGGCUGCACUCACCUCAACAUGCAUAAUUAUAAGGGGGGGCAAUCCCAAAAUUUGAUAUUGUGUGUAUGCACUUAGUUACAAGUUUAGUUGGAUAAUGUUUUUUCAUCUUCCAUUUUUGGCUGAGUUUUGUCUUUGUGAUUGUAUUUGCCAAACAAAUCUGAAUUAAAUGAAUAACCCUGAAGGCUCACAUAAAUACAGUUGUCCGUAGAGCAUUUAGUAGACUUGUUUUUAAUUUUUAUGUUGUUACCUUUUUUCAUGUUUCUGCAAGGCAGCUGAGUCAGCUGGUUUGUACCCUAAUGAAAGCAAAGAUAUAAUGUAUGUAGGACAUUGCUCAUUUUUAAUGGGGAAAGACAAAGACCGGGAAUUGGAUGUUCAGUUUUGUUUGUACUGAUUAACAGCUCUGAGCAGCUAUAUGAAUACUUGGUGGGGGAUAUUAAUCCUGAAUUGUCAGGAAUUUGGAGUUAUUAGCAAAAACUGCUGAAAUAAAAAAAAUCUUAUGGCGUGUUUAUUUUCAAUUAUGAUGUGUCAAAAGAAUGCUAUUAUGCAAAUAAAUGCCCAAUAGCGCAAAGUGUGUAGCACUAAAAUUGUGAACAAUGAAUGAGGAAAUCCUAAAAAUGAAAUAUAUAAAAAUAUGGUGCAGUAUGGUCGGUACAGUGGUGAGAAAAGAAAAAUAUCCUAUACUGGAUUCACUCACGUGGUCUAGAGCCUUUUAAGGACCGGCUCUGAUCGCAUAUUCACCUUAUUUUCAAUUAUAUUUUAUUUAAAAUUUACUUUGAAUUCAUGGAAAUUCACACUUUAGUGAAUAAGCCUGAGAAGAGUCUUUACCUGAUUAGGUAAUUUUCCAAAUCACUUUUUUUUGGUGUGGUUUUAUGUAGGUUGUGUGGUUUUAUUAGUAAUUUUAUAACCAUUCAAACAAUUAUCUUGGUAGAAAGAAGACAAAGAAUAUGACAGUUUGGCCAAAAACUUCCAGUGUCUUGCGUCUGUGGUUUCCCAGCUACAUCAAAAUGUCCUGAAUCAUGUAAAUAUUUUGGAGGUAAGCUUUGCCCAAGAAGUACACUUGGAAUCUAAAAUCAAAAUCUAUGUGCACGCAUCUUAGUAUAAGUAGUCAAUAGUGGAGAAGCAGGGCUGGAUAAUACAGGAUUUGGUAGCAGAGUUCAGCUGAGCUAUUAAUAAAUGAAAAAUAAUUUAACCACACUACCUAGAUCUCUCAAAAAUAAGUGUUCACGCCAUCUGCUGUCAGGCUGCCAUUUUUAAAUGGACAAAUGGAAUGUUGGCUAUUUUGCCAUAAAAAAACAGAUGAAAACUAGAACAAACUUAAAAAACAAAAAAAGUGAAAGCACUUGCUGAGGUUUUUUUAUUUUAUAGUCCAAUAACAUUAUUUAACAGAGAUCAAUAAAUGUGAGUUAAGAGCCUAAUCAUAACAAGAAUUUGCCAAGGGGCCCCUUUUUUGCAUUGAAGGUCAUUCUACCAAUCAUUGUUAACAGGAGUAGUCCCAAAAGAUUGGAAGUUAGCGAAUGUUGUGCCCAUUUACAAGAAAGGUAAUAGGGAGGAGUAGGGCAAGUAUAGGCAGUAAGCCUUACUUCAGUAGUGGGGAAAGUGAUGGAAACCAUGUUAAAGGAUGGGAUUGAUGAACAUCUAAAAACACAUGGAUUUCAAGAUCAGAGACAACAUGGGUUUACUUCAGGGAGAUCAUGCCAAACUAAUCUUAUUGAUUUUUUUGAUUGGGUAACUAAAAUUAUAGAUCAGGGUGGUGCAGUAGACAUUGCUUACCUAGAUUUCAGUAAGGCUUUUGACACUGUUGCACAUAGAAGGCUUAUCAAUAAACUGCAAUCUUUAAGUUUGGAUUCCAAUAUUGUUGAAUGGGUAAGGCAGUGGCUGAGUGACAGGCAACAGAGGGUUGUAGUUAAUGAAAUAUAUUCGAAGCUUGGACUUGUCACCAGUGGGGUACCUCAGGGAUCUGUACUUGGACCCAUUCUCUUUAAUAUUUUUAUUAGUGAUAUUGCAGAAGGUCUUGAUGGUAAGGUAUGUCUUUUUGCUGAUGAUACUAAGAUAUGUAACAGGGUUGAUGUUCCAGGAGGGAUAAGCCAAAUGGCAAAUGAUUUAGGUAAACUAGAAAAAUGGUCAGAAUUGUGGCAACUGACAUUUAAUGUGGAUAAGUGUUAAAUCUCUGAUGACUUAAAGGUAGGCUGACAAUGUAAUAGAGCAGCAGGAAAUGCUAGCAGAAUGCUUGGUUGUAUAGGGAGAGGUAUUAUCAGUAGAAAGAGGGAAGUGCUCAUGCCUUUGUACAGAACACUGGUGAGACCUCACUUGGAGUAUUGUACACAGUACUGGAGACCGUAUCUUCAGAAGGAUAUUGAUACCUUAGAGAGGGUUCAGAGAAGGGCUACUAAACUGGUUCAUGGAUUGCGGGAUAAAACUUACCAGGAAAGGUUAAAGGAUCUUAACAUGUAUAGCUUGGAGGAAAGACGAGACAGGGGGAUAUGAUAGAAACAUUUAAAUAUAUAAAGGGAAUCAACACAGUAAAGGAGGAGACUAUAUUUAAAAGAAGAAAAACUACCACAACAAGAGGACAUAGUCUUAAAUUAGAGGGACAAAGGUUUAAAAAUAAUAUCAGGAAGUAUUACUUUACUGAGAGGGUAGUGGAUGCAUGGAAUAGCCUUCCAGCUGAAGUGGUAGAGGUUAACACAGUAAAGGAGUUUAAGCAUGUGUGGGAUAGGCAUAAGGCUAUCCUAACUAUAAGAUAAGGCUAGGGACUAAUGAAAGUAUUUAGAAAAUUGGGCAGACUAGAUGGGCCGAAUGGUUCUUAUCUGCCGUCACAUUUUAUGUUUCUUCUAUUUUGACAAUGUAAACAACAAAUCACAGCUCUGGUUCUGCCCUCAGGAAUUGCUUACUAGACAGCCUGACAUAUCUUGUAUGGAGGAAGAAGCCGUAUCAACCCAGUACAAGGCUGACUUUACAAUGGAAUUGUACCAGAACAUCUACCUAGAGUUUGUAUGUGGUUUAAUCUGUACCAUUAACUCUUUAAUUAUUGGUAUGAAUACAUAUGCACGCACACAUAGACAGAACUUUGUUAGUCCUCGAAUAUGUCUGAUAUAUUGUUUAUAUAUAAAUAUAUAUAUGUGUAUAUAUAUAUAUAUACUGUAUCUAUUUUUGUAUUUUUUUUAUUUAGAAAUGCAUAGGUCUGUCAUUAUAAGCUAUAAACUACGCUGUAAAAUUUAUCCCUAACUUAAUGUCUUAACUUAAAUUAUUUCCCAUUUCAUAAUAAUAGCAUCACCAUUCCCAGUGCUGCCUCUUAAAAUGUCACUGUCACUGUCUCAGGUAUCAAAAAUAGAAAAGAGGGUUGCACUCAAUCAGAAAAAUCACAGGGUGCUAACUGAGUAUGGGUCACCAUACCCCAUAGAAUAUACAUCAAUGAAAAAAUCUUUAUUUACACACAUGUUGUUGUGUUGUUAUGGUGUUAGCUUGAUAAAGACCUGGGUACAGGUUGAAAGAUUGCGGAACCAUUAAAGCUGCUCUAAAACGUAUUACAGCGAGUGACUGUCACUGUCUCAGGACUGUGAGGAAUUUGCAGAGACCUCCGACGCCAUUGGGGGGUCCAGUAGUUGGAAGGUAUAGCACAUGGUCGAGAGUACAUCAUUGAAGUCUAUGGAGGGUCCCACAAGACUGCAGAUCCUCCAUAGAUACAGCGAUCUUCCUGCAGCUGUCACUGGUGAUGACUUUUGGAAUUGACACUUAGACUCCUGCCUUAAUCUAAGAAAGUCAGGAGGAGAAAUACGGAGACAAUGAAGCCUCUACUUUGUCUCAGUAUAUCUCUUGACUGGGUUGGAAUUUCAGUGAAAUUCUAAUACAGUCAAAAUCAGUAUUUCAUAAAGAUUCUAUCUGAAUGAAAUACUGAUUUGUCAGGAUGGGUUGACAGUGCUGCUUUAAGUGUUUAAUGAUUUGUAUUAUGUGAGUAGAGGAUAAUUCAUGAGAUACACAAUAUUAGAUGUAGAUAUGCAGAUACACAUAGUUUAUAUGAGAGGUAGAUAAGCAUUUGCAUAAGAUAUAAAGAUUAGAUAAAAAUUAGGUAUGAAGUUACAUGAGAAUUUUUUUAAUAUUAUAUAGACAGAUACGCAGUAGAAAUGUGCAACAGAUUUGCCCAUUUCCAUAGAUAACUAACUCCAGUAAGCCAUUACAGAUCACAUCACCAUGUUUUGUAAUAUUUGCACAGGGACAAGUAAGAUUUCCUGAUAUAACCAAUGUGUCUCUCUCUCCUCGCAGAAGAGAAGGCUUCAACUCCUGGUUCUUCAACCACUUACCAGUCUAUUGGAAUCCUUAAAAGGUCCUAAGAACUUAAUCCGGAAGCGCAUGGAUAAAUUGCUGGAUUGUGAAAAUCUUGAAGAGAAGUAUAGUGAAACCGGCAAAAUGACCCUAGAAGAAGAGGAAAUCAUAAAAAAUUAUAAAGCGAUCCAUACACUGCUGCUGUCUGAACUGCCUCUGUGCAUCGCUUUGUCUAAGCAGUUGCUUCGUGGAUUGCUGUUCACUUACAUUGAACUAAACCAUGAAAUGACCUUGCAAGGACUUAAUGCAGCGCAAGCAGAGGCUUCACAGGUAGGCCUCUACGCAGCAAAAGUAGUAUUUUGGGCAGUACAUUGUGCAGUGUAAAUAAUGACUUUCCAAGUUAUGAUAUGGGUUGUAUAAAAAGACUUUUGCUGUAAAACCUGAGCAAUUACUAACCGAAGAGCCAGCUAUUGAGGUUUCUCUGAAGCAGCUAGCUAGACACUAGGACUAACUGAGAGGCAGUUGUUUGAAUCGGCUAGGGGGAACUUAUUAUAUCAGGUUUAUGUGGAUUUAUUGUUGAGGUAUCUAAAAAGGGACUUCAUGUGGUAUGCUUAGGUCUAGAUCAGGCAUAGGCAACCUUCGGCACUCCUGAUUUUUUGGACUACACCUCCCCUGAUGCUUUGCCAGCAUUAUGGGUGUAAGAGCAUUAUGGGGGAUGUAGUCCAAAACAUCUGGAUUGCCGAAGGUUGCCUAUCCCUGGUCUUGAUCAAUGUGAAUUUUUUCAACACAGUAUCUGCCUAUGAGCCAAUCAUUACCCAUAUAAUUCCAGAUACUUUCUUUAUUUCUUCUUUUUAUAUACAAAAAAUUAUGUAUAAGUGGAGCGCUGAUAAAAUAGAAAGAAAGGAGAGUAGGGUAAAGGUAAGCAAAAUAGGAAACCUAACAACCUAUGUAGUAUAAAACAUGUACAUAAAUAAAAUAUACCCUUCUCUCCUAAUAGAUCAAAACUGAUUUAACUCGUACACUCAAAGUAGAUAAAAAUACACAAAUUAAUUAAUUAAUAAAAAGAUAGACUAAUAUAAAGAGAAAACAUUAAAUCUCACAUAUAAUAUGUCUAUAACAAAUAAUUAAACAACAGCCGUAAAAAAGUCAUAAAAAAGUCCAGACCUUAUUAGAAUGCUCGGCGUCCCGAGUCAGCAAAGAUGUAUAAAUGCUGAAAAAAUAAGUCAAAUAAAAGUCCUCUUUAUAAUCCAGGUGAUGGCUGAUAGUGGUGGGAGUCAGACCUCUCCAAACGCGUUUCUCCGCUUUGGCGGCUUUUUCAAUGGAUGAGGUCUGUGUCUUUGUGUUCGCUUAUAUAGCGGUUUGCCGGCAUUAAUUAGAACCCGGCAAAUACAUCAGACAGUGAGUGUAACUAAAGUAACUCCUCUGAAACAAAAUAGUUUCACUGUAUCAGAACAGCUCAGGAAAGUUAUCCCUUAUUUGGAUCGGCAUAUUAUAUUAUUCCUCUUUAUUUACUACUGUUGCCAUAGUAACGCCCGCCCAAGCAGGUUUAAAUGUAACUGCCGUUUCCAAUUGGUUAAAAAAGACGGAAAACAUGAAAGAGAAAGAAGACAGAAUUACAGAAGUGUUAAAAAAAAAUAAAAAUAAAAAAAAAAUAAAAAAAAAAUAAAUAAAAUGAAUAGGUGUUGCAAAUAUAACUUCUAUAUGCUCAAAUAGUUAAAAUAUAUCAAAACUCGAUAACUGAGAAAAAGUACUCUUUACUUAAUCAUUUGAUCGACCCAUCACAUUACCAUUUUGUGUAUGCUCCCGUUACUAUAGUAACGAUUGUAUGAGCAGGUUUAACUCUAUCUGCCAUAUUUAUGUGACGUAGGAUGACAGGGAAAUGGAGAAAUCUAUUAUAAAAAGAUGAUAAUAAUGGAAUAGGGAUCUCUCAUUAUGUCUACUCCUGUUGAUAGAAUAAAGAGAUUUCCAUGUUACAACUUGGAUCACAAUUUUAAAAUAUUAGGGCGAUCUAACAAACCUAAUGUUAUAGCUUACACUAACGCUGCUUGGUAUAAUUAGAUGAGAGAUUCUAAAUCUCAAAAAGUAUCCAUAAAAACACUUAAAGGGGGAAAUUUAUCCCAAAAAAUGACAUAACUCAAAUUCGGCAUUUAAUCCCUUAGGCUGCAACGUAUCUAGUUGAUAUAUCCAUUUCAUCUCAGUAAUGCCCAGUUGUUUAGUAUGGUCUCCUCCUCUCCAGUUUUUAUUCACUCUACAUAUCCCCUUAAAGUUCAAAAGGCUCAUAUCCGAAUUAUGAUGUUGUUUAAAAUGGGCUGAUACUGAAUGUUGCAUAUAGCCUUUCUUUAUAUUCAACAUAUGUUCUCUAACUCUAAUAUAUAGUUGCCUUUUUGUUCUUCCCACGUACUGGAGCCCACAUGGGCACUCCAGUACGUAUAUUACGUUAGUGCUUUGGCAGGUGAUAUGUUCUUUUAUUUUAAAAGAUUCCAUCUUUUUCUUAUUGUUUUUGUUAGUAACUUCAAAUACGCCUUUUGUUUGUUUAAACCUACUUUCUUUGCAUGAAAUGCAGUCCAGGCAAUAGAAGAAGCCAUUUUUCUUUGUUAUAGUUGGAGCGUUUCUACCUUUAUGGUGUUUGUUAGUUAUUUUUAUUUUUUAUUAGGGGCGCACCGAACUUAUGUAGAAAAAUAACUAACAAACACCAUAAAGGUAGAAACGCUCCAACUAUAACAAAGAAAAAUGGCUUCUUCUAUUGCCUGGACUGCAUUUCAUGCAAAGAAAGUAGGUUUAAACAAACAAAAGGCGUAUUUGAAGUUACUAACAAAAACAAUAAGAAAAAGAUGGAAUCUUUUAAAAUAAAAGAACAUAUCACCUGCCAAAGCACUAACGUAAUAUACGUACUGGAGUGCCCAUGUGGGCUCCAGUACGUGGGAAGAACAAAAAGGCAACUAUAUAUUAGAGUUAGAGAACAUAUGUUGAAUAUAAAGAAAGGCUAUAUGCAACAUUCAGUAUCAGCCCAUUUUAAACAACAUCAUAAUUCGGAUAUGAGCCUUUUGAACUUUAAGGGGAUAUGUAGAGUGAAUAAAAACUGGAGAGGAGGAGACCAUACUAAACAACUGGGCAUUACUGAGAUGAAAUGGAUAUAUCAACUAGAUACGUUGCAGCCUAAGGGAUUAAAUGCCGAAUUUGAGUUAUGUCAUUUUUUGGGAUAAAUUUCCCCCUUUAAGUGUUUUUAUGGAUACUUUUUGAGAUUUAGAAUCUCUCAUCUAAUUAUACCAAGCAGCGUUAGUGUAAGCUAUAACAUUAGGUUUGUUAGAUCGCCCUAAUAUUUUAAAAUUGUGAUCCAAGUUGUAACAUGGAAAUCUCUUUAUUCUAUCAACAGGAGUAGACAUAAUGAGAGAUCCCUAUUCCAUUAUUAUCAUCUUUUUAUAAUAGAUUUCUCCAUUUCCCUGUCAUCCUACGUCACAUAAAUAUGGCAGAUAGAGUUAAACCUGCUCAUACAAUCGUUACUAUAGUAACGGGAGCAUACACAAAAUGGUAAUGUGAUGGGUCGAUCAAAUGAUUAAGUAAAGAGUACUUUUUCUCAGUUAUCGAGUUUUGAUAUAUUUUAACUAUUUGAGCAUAUAGAAGUUAUAUUUGCAACACCUAUUCAUUUUAUUUAUUUUUUUUUUAUUUUUUUUUUAUUUUUAUUUUUUUUUAACACUUCUGUAAUUCUGUCUUCUUUCUCUUUCAUGUUUUCCGUCUUUUUUAACCAAUUGGAAACGGCAGUUACAUUUAAACCUGCUUGGGCGGGCGUUACUAUGGCAACAGUAGUAAAUAAAGAGGAAUAAUAUAAUAUGCCGAUCCAAAUAAGGGAUAACUUUCCUGAGCUGUUCUGAUACAGUGAAACUAUUUUGUUUCAGAGGAGUUACUUUAGUUACACUCACUGUCUGAUGUAUUUGCCGGGUUCUAAUUAAUGCCGGCAAACCGCUAUAUAAGCGAACACAAAGACACAGACCUCAUCCAUUGAAAAAGCCGCCAAAGCGGAGAAACGCGUUUGGAGAGGUCUGACUCCCACCACUAUCAGCCAUCACCUGGAUUACAAAGAGGACUUUUAUUUGACUUAUUUUUUCAGCAUUUAUACAUCUUUGCUGACUCGGGACGCCGAGCAUUCUAAUAAGGUCUGGACUUUUUUAUGACUUUUUUACGGCUGUUGUUUAAUUAUUUGUUAUAGACAUAUUAUAUGUGAGAUUUAAUGUUUUCUCUUUAUAUUAGUCUAUCUUUUUAUUAAUAAAUUAAUUUGUGUAUUUUUAUCUACUUUGAGUGUACGAGUUAAAUCAGUUUUGAUCUAUUAGGAGAGAAGGGUAUAUUUUAUUUAUGUACUUCUUUUUAUAUACACCUGUGAAAAAUAAUAUCCCAAGCUGAUACUAAUAGUGGAUUUGAAUUGGAAUACUACAGGAUAGUGGGGGAGGAGGGGGUUGAUAAGGUGGGGGUGGCAUUCUAUGAGAAGUCUCUACCCUGCUAUUCCUUUCAAUUAUACUAUUCGUUUAUCCCACUUUAUUGUACAAAGGCUACUCCAAAAAUCUGAAACCUAUUCCUAUCUCUGUCUCUCAUGUUCUCCUCCUCUCGAUACGUUUUGGAAAGUGUAUACAUACGGCUACUUUGUAGCUUAAUGGCUACUUUUUAACCUACUCUAUUGCAACAACUAUUUUAAGUGAACUCUCACUUAUUUUAUAACAUUGUAUCUACUGAGCUUGAAUUUAUAGGAGUUACUUGAGGGGACUUAUAUCCAGUGGUAUAUAUCUUCACAAAAGGAAGUUGGCAGGCUACCUUGGGGGUUUUUCCCUUUUUAUAUGCACGUUACACAGUCACUAAGUUUUUCCCCGAUUAUUUUUAAUUUUUUUGUAUAUAUGUUUUUCCAAUAAAGGUUUAUUUUCUAGUGUUUUAUACUAUUUGUACGGAUCCCACAUAUGGGUAAUCUGUUUUCGAGAAUCGAUUCUUGGGUUUUAUAGUGUUCUCCUUUUUCUAAUACAUGUCCUCUCUGGGUUAUGCCAAUAUUACCCAUUUUGUCCUACGAGACUGUGGAGUUAGGUUUGUCCUUCCUCUAAGGCAGGGGUCCUGAAACUCUGGCCCCCCCAGAUGUUGCUGAACUACAACUUCCAUGAUUCUCUGGCUAUCUAUGUAAUUCAAAGAAUCAUGGGCGUUGUAGUUCGCAAAAUCUGGCGGGCCGGAAUUUGAGGACCCCUGCUCUACAGUUUUUUUCUAUUAUCUGAGGUUUUGCCUGUUAUCAGAGCUCUCAAUCUGUUUUUUCUUGUUGUAGAAACAACUAUUUUGUACAAAUACACAGCAAAUAAUAUUUCUCUUUAAAUAUUACUCUUCAUACUUACUAAAGGUUAUCCUGCUCCUUUAUUUAUUUAUUUAUUGUGACUGCACAGUUUAGAAUUUGGGUUUCAUUUAAUGUGAGGUUAAAAUGAUAUUCACAAAGAAAGACUAAUAUGCCAUGUCUUUUCUAUUAGCUGGAGCACAGAAUACUUCGAGGAGCUGAGUUCAUGAAAUGGGUAGAUGUCUCUAUCAGACAAUCCAGUUCUCAACUGAAAGAGUUUGAAAAGAAAUUUGUUGAGCAAAUGCCAGCUCCACCUGUACAAGUAAGUCUAUUCAUACCUUGCCUCACAUUUUAACUGGAUGACUCAAGACAAGGUGCUGCAGCAACUAAAGAAAGUUAAUAUAAACAAAGCUCUUGGGCCUGACAGUAUUCAUCCAUGAGUACUAAAGGAGCUAACUGUGGAAAUAAAUAAGUGAACCUUUUGUUUUGAAUCUUUCAGGAUUCUUUUCUUUAAGGCAUUGUAUUGGAGGAUUGGAGGAAGGCAGAGGUGUUUCCUAUAUCACAAAAGGAUUCAAAUUCUUUGCCUGGAAAAUAUAGACCUGUGAGCGUAAUUUCUGUGGCUAGGAGAGUAAUUAAAGGGUUACUAAGGAAUUCAUAGGGAAGAACAUUGUUAUUCUAAGAAAUCUGCAUUGUUCAUGUCAAACUAACUUAUUACAUUCUAUGAAGAAGUAGAAGUAUAGCUCAGAGUGUUGCAGUGGAUGUGAUCUACUUGGAUUUAGCCAAGGCAUUUAAACACUAACCUAUUGCGUGGAAUCAUAAUAAAACAAAAAAAUUGGUCUAGAUGAAAAUUCUUGUUUUUGUGUAGAACAUUUGCUUAAAGAUAGAAUACAGAGAGUUGCCCAGUGCACAUUGCUGGACAGCCGGCAUGGAGAGAGGAGGGAGAGGAGACUGGGUCUCCUCUCGCGAGCAUGGAGCGUUGUCACGGUUACCAUGGCAACACUUUGUUCUCGCGAGAGUGAACUCUAGCCCAGGAGCUGCAGGCUAGAGUUCACUCCCACUAGAACUGCCAGGGAUUCACCAGGGAUUUGAAAUAAUAUCCCUCCUCCCAGGGCAAAGGUAAGAAGGGAGGGGUGAUAUAAAGAAUAUUUUUUAAAUGCACCCCCACACACUUCUCACACACACACACAGUGCUCCGCAUGCAAACACUGCACCCCCAUACACACACUUCCCCAACUGCAAUCUCAUAUACACACUGCCCCCACUACACCCUCAUACACACUCUGGCUCCAAACACACACAGUGCUCCCACUGCACCCCACAUAUACACACGGCACUCCCAUGCACACACUAUACCCCUCACACAAACACACACUGCCCCUCCUACACACAGUGCUCCCACUGCAUCCCCAUACACACACUGUCCCACAUACACACACGGCAGCCCUCACACACUCAGUGCCUCCCAUACACACACACACACACACACAAAUUACUGGAGGCCAUAUCCUCUACUACAGCCCAUAUCCUGGCAGACCCCAGGUAAAUUGUCAAACUGUUCCUAAACAGUUUGACUUUUUACUCUGGGAGGGCACCACUGCACUUCUGGCACCAUAACCACUACAUAGAGCUGUAGUGGUUAUUGUGCCUGAAUUGUUUCUUUAAAUAAUCUAUGAGUGCCCCUUUCUGAGAUAAGGCUCUGGAUCCGCCAGUGGAGUUGCCAUUAAUGGUAACGUGGACAAAAGUGGGAAGUGGUGUCCCUCAGAGUUCUAUUUUGGGCCUGCUUCUAUUUAACAUAUUUAUAAAUGAUCUUGCUAUAGGCAUUGAAAGUCAGAUUUCAGUGUUUACGGAUGAUACAAAACUCUGUAGAGUAAUAUAAUGUGAGCAGGAUAUUACUUUGCUGUAGAGGAAUUUUUAUAGAGUGGUGACAAGGCACUCAAAUGGCAGAUUAAAUUGAAUGUAGAUUCAUGCAAAGCUAUGCACUUCGUGGUAAAGAAUGCCCAAGCAACUUACACCCUAAGCGUUAGUGAAGUAGAAAUAGCCACACACGAAAAAAAAGGAUUUGGGAAUUGUUAUAAAAACAAACUAGGCAAAAUGUACAAUGAGUUUCUAAGGCCGGUAUAAUAUUGUCAUUUAAAAAAGGGGCACUAAUUCUCAGGAUGAAAAUAUAAUUUUGACUCUUUAUAAAUAAAUGGUAAGACCAAACCUUGCAUAUGCUGAGUAAGUUUGGACGCAUAUUCUCAUAAGAUAUUAUGGCACUAGAAAAAAGUGCAAAGGCGGGCUACAUAAUUAAUAAAAAAUGAAUGAAAGAUUUUAGUUAUCAAGUUAGGUUAACAAAUUUUAAUCAUUUUUUGGGGGAAAACGGUGCCUCAGAGGGGAUAUGAUAGCAUUAUACAAAUAUAUUCUGAGCCAAUACAAACCAUUAUCUGGAAUUCUAUUUAUAAACAAUAAUAUACAUAGGACACAACGUCACACAUUUAGACUGGAAGAAAGGAGAUUUAGUCUAAAAGCGUUUUUUAUGGUAAGAACAAUAAGGAUGUGGAAUUCUCUGCCUGAAGACAGUAUGUACAGAUGUUUAAAUCGCAACUGGAUGAAUACUUGUAAAAACAUAAUCUUUGUGAUUUGUAAGUUAUUAAUUUGUGGGGUGAUAUCUUCUUGAUCCAAGGAGUCAUCUGACUGCCAUUAUGGGGGUAAGAAUGAAUUUUAUCCUAGUUUGUUACAAACUGUGUUUUUUGCCUUCUUUUGGAUCAACAGCAAAAACAGAGACGCAUCGAUCAAGUUCAGCAUUUCUCACAUCUGUGUUCAUCCUAUGUAACAAUGAAAUUAUGUAAAAUAUAUAGAAAGGUCAUACAGCUAAUGUUUUUAUGUUUUAACAAGAGAAUAAUUAUUCAUCAGAUGUAUUAUUUGAGUUUGCAAAGUGAUGACUGUAUUGGCAUAAUUUUAAAAUGGAAUUUUAAUUGUCUAAGUUCUCUUCCAGAAUAAAUAUUCAAAUGUGUCACAUGUGGACCAAAAUAGCAUCCUGUCCAUUUUACAGUGAUUCAGUUGACAAUACCUUAUUUAUAUUCUCAUUUUCAUAGAUAUAAAGAAUAAAAUGUUUCUAUACAUCUUACAUAUAGCAUGAUUGUCCAACUGAGCUACCAAAAUGAGUAGAUGGUCUUAAAAUAUAACAGUUAAUGACAAUCAUUCAAUACAUACGAAAAAAGUGCAAGUUACACAAGUUACAGUUUUUAUAAUUAACAGUAGUGAUUGAUAUUUACCUUUCUAAAUCGCAUAUUUGUAUUAUAUAUUUAGCAGGGCUGUACUUCUAUAGAUAUUCUAACUAACAAAUCUUCUUCUACAUUCAUUCAAUCAAUCAGUCUUGUUUAAUAAGUUUCUUGGAGCAUUGAUCACAUUAAUAAACCCUGAGAGGAAGUAAAAAAUUGAUUUAUAUACUUUAAUUCCACCUCUUCCUCUGAGUGUAUGUACCGGAAGAGAGUCUGGGCCUGUCGCGGCGAGCAUCAUUCCCAUAGGGGUCUAAUAACCAGCAGCAACUUCGAACCAGCGUGUCCAGGUUUUAUAAUAUGAGGUCAAAUUUGCGUAAAAAUAAUAUUCCGUUUUGCCUUGAUAUGUAAUUUGGGUUACAAUUUCGGUUUUCGACAUUCUCUGGCUAUACAUUUGUUAAUAGCCAUAAAAAUAUUAAUGAAUACACUUUUAGUCUGUCUUUGGGAGUUCCAAGUGGAAAAGCCAUGAGUAUGAUUUCAUUGACAUUCUAACAUGCACAAUUUUUUAUAAUAUUUUUUCUGUUUCAUCCUUAAUCUUCUGCAAUUUAGGGCAUUCCCGCCAGAUAUGAAAUAGGGCACCCGAAGGCUGGGUGCAUCUCCCACACAGGUCAACAGUGGAUUUAUCUAAUUUACUUAAAGGACCACUCUAGGCACCCAGACCACUUCAGCUUAAUGAAGUUUUCUGGGUGCCAGGUCCCUCUAGGAUUAACCCUUUCUUCUAUAAACAUAGCAGUUUCAGAGAAACUGCUAUGUUUAUAAAUGGGUUAAUCCAGCCUCCAAAACCUCUAGUGGCUGUCUCAUUAACAGCUGCUAGAGGCGCUUGCGUGAUUCUCGCAAGCGUAUAUAUGCGCGAGCGCAUUCAGCCGAAUGGGAGGAGAGGAGGAGGAUCGGAGACGGAGUGCUCCCAGCCCGGUGCUGGAGAAAGGUAAGUUUAAACCCCUUUCCUCUCCCCAGAGCCGGGCGGGAGGGGGUCCCUGAGGGUGGGUGCACCCUCAGGGCACCAAAGUGCCAGGAAAACGAGUAUGUUUUCCUGGCACUAUAGUGGUCCUUUAAAUGUGCCGGGGCCAAAUACCAAUGGUGUAAUAGUUUAUAGAAUGUUUCCUGUAAAUUAACUGAAUGAACAGAUUUUUUAACAUGUUGCCAAGUCUUGCACCAGAUCUCUAAGGGGAACUCAAUCUUCAUAUCACUUCCCUAUUUACUAAUGGAGGCAACAGAUUAAGUUCUGAUUACUUAAUAUUAUUUUUUUUAACUUAGAAAUCAGUUUAUUCCUAUAUUGUUGUCAAUCAUGCAAAUAGGAACCUGGUGGUCAACAGGCCGGUUACAACCAAUCAGAUCCACAGGCGGGGUAUUUAGGCUCAGUUCUCCUCUUGCUCUGUGCCCUUUCGUUGCUUCCCUUGUGGUUGUCCGAGAGCACGUUAUUGAUUCUGUUUUUCUGGUUAUUUGACUUUGGCAUUGAUUUUGACUUCCCUGUUUUCUGGCAUCCCUGGCUUUUCCUUAUUGUUGUGUCUCUUUCUGUAUCCCUUGACCUUGGCUAUUCCUGACUAUUCUUUGGUACGUUAGUCCGGCCAGUCUAAGGUCCGGUAUACGUUACCUAGCAGUCCUCUGUGUUACACAAUUGUACGUGCUGGCUCAUACUGUAAUCCUGACAAUUGUUUACCCAGAAAAUCAUGCAGAAUGGUUGAGUCAGAAAUAGGAUUAUACUUUAGAAAGUUUUUAAUCCUUAGAUAAAGAAAAACUUAAUGAUUUAAGAGAUUGAAUUUAAUUUGAAGCUUCUGAAUGACAGUGUGCCCGUAUUUAACUGAAUAUCUGCAAAAGUAUGAAUAUUCUUACUAAUCCAUCCAGAGAUAUCUAGAUCUUUUAUAUAUAGUUUUAAUACUUCUAUUGGGUGGAAGGAGUAAAUAUUUGUUUACCGUAUAUACUCGUGUAUAAGUCGAUCUCAUGUAUAAGUCGAGUGCAGUUUUGUGACCAACAAUUGUGAAAUAUGCUAUGCCUUGUCGAGGGUAAAACUUGGGGCUAUGAAAUUCUGUGAUUUUUAUAAUUAUAUACACACACACUCAUACAAACACACACUCUGCAUUAUAUAUACACACACUCAUACAAACACACACUCUGCAUUAUAUACACACACUCUGUGUAUAUAAUGCAGAGUGUGUAUAUAAUGUUGUGUGUGUGAACUGGGUGGGGGGAGAGCAUUUUUAUUAUUUUAAUUUUUUUUAUUUUAAUAUUAUUUUUUUAUUAUUUUAAUUUUUUUUUUUGUCCCCCCCUACCUGCUUGUUAACUGGUCAGGGAGGGGGCUAUCUUAAUCCCUGGUGGUCCAGUGGCAUGGGCUGUGAAGUGGGGGGGCCGGCAGGAAGCAUUUACUUACCUUUCCUGCAGCUCCUGUCAGCUCCUUUCUCCUCCGUUCCGGUCAGCUCCACUGUAAGUCUUGCGGUCUGGUUGCCGCGCGGAUCGUUGCCAUGGCUCUGACGGCCGCGGCUCUCUAAGUUGCCAUAAUACAGACAGUGACUCGAGUAUAAGUCGAGUGGGGGUUUUUAAGCACAAAAAAUGUGCUGAAAAACUAGACUUAUACUCGAGUAUAUACUGUAAUUCCUAACCUGUUCCCAAUCUUUGCCCCAGUCUUCACUGCAUCUCUCAAAAUGAAAUUGUUUAUGUUAGAAUAUUUAAUACAAAAAUGUUUCAGCCAGAAUAGAUUAAACGGGUUAUGACAUUUCUCACAUUGGAACCAUCCCUUAUUUCAAUUCUUAACUAAGGCCCCAGCCAUUAUGUGAGUGAAAAUAGUUGUAUCAUGGAGUAAACUUAUAUCUAGAAAAUUUAAACCCAAUUGGGUAUCAUCUCUGUUUAUAGUUUCCUGUGCAAUUCUAGAUUUUUUUUUACUUUUCCAAGUAAAUGAGAGUAAAAGUUUAUUUAAUUUAUCCAAAAUAUUCCCUGAGACCCUGACUAGAAUCAUUCUAAACAUGUACAAUAUCUUAGGCACCAGGAAGGCUUUAAGCAUGUUAAUCCGGCCCAACCAGGAGAACUCAUACGUUUUCAUCCUACUUAUUGUGCUACCAAAACGAGUAGUGGGUCUUUGUCUAUACAACUAGUUUGUAUUUUGAAUCCAUUAUAUUUCAGGUUCUCCAAUACUGUGUGAACAUUCUCUUUUUAUAUAUUAUAUCUAAAGAGUCAAAUUAUUUCUGAAUUCAUCUGAUGAACGAGUGUACACAUAAAUAUAAAAGAAUUAUAUCCUUGACAUUUUCUGUAUGUCAUGAUUCAAUAACGAAAGCCCAACAUUUUUGUGUGUCCUCUGUAGGAUCAGAGUCCUGCCCAAGAUCAUCAAGUUCAAUCGCUAUUAAAGCGCUAUGGAACAGAUAAGAUCUACCAAGUGAUGCAAGCUGCCACUGGCAGUAAGAAUUUGGACCUCACUUUGAAGCGUGGUGAUUUUGUAGCUGUACUGCAAUACUCCGACACCAAGGGGAGCAAAAGCAGGUGGCUGGUGGACACUGGAGGUACAGGAUAAACAUGACAUGUUUUACCUCUCAAAGUAUACUUACUGCAAUAAAAGAUGUUAGUUACUAGACUAGUAGAAUAAAAUUUAAUUACUGGCAAUCAAUUCCAAAUAUGCAGUUGUUGCAUUCGUUUUUUGAUCUUUGAACAAAUUUUGGACACUUAUGUAAGAACUUCAGUCAUUAAAUUAGUGAAAUAACAGCAUAUUUGAAAUAGAUUAGCUCACUGCUUGCCAGAAAUUGACAAUUAACUAAUAUUUGCACAAAUCUAUGUAGUUAAUACAAUCUAAUCAUUACUAUAUAUAUCAAUGGUGCUUAAUUCCAUAAGGCACAUUAAACACUUGACUACAGUGCCUCAGAUCAGGAAAGUGGAUGGAAUAAUUUGCUAUCAAUGACCCAUUAUGAUAAUUAUUCAAAAUAGUUGGGGGAUACAGUAUAUAUCAAUUGUCCCUUUGCAAAUAUGGAGAUAUAUAUAUAUAUAUAUAUAUAUAUAUAAUAUCAUAUAUCACCAAAUAUGUGAACUGCAAAUCAUUCAUACAACAGAAAGUGUUUUAUCAUGGACUUUAUCUGAUAGGCUCAAGAGGAUACGUACAAAGCUCCAAACUCCAGCCUUACCAGGGAAUCCCAUCUCGGAAGAACUCCCUCGAUUCUCUAUCUCCUUUAAAUAACUGUAGGGAGACCAGGAGGCACUCAUCGACAGCCCAAGAGUGCCCUUACAGUAUAUACUCGGAAAUCCCAAUUUAUUCACCGUUCCAGGUAUGUAUAACGCAAAUUACCUAUAUUUCACUUGUUUCACAACAAGUUAUUUAUUUGAUGAAAGCAGGACUUUUUUUCCCCAUAACCUACAUUUUAUUAUAUUUGCACAGAUUAAUCAAUUUACAUGUAUUUGAUAUUCACCUUAUAUUUUGCCAUUCUUUUUACUAAGGGUUCACAAAUACAAUUGAUAUGUAUGUGUAUGUAUUCAAUAAUCUAUCUAAUCUAUUACCAAAUACAGAGACUAUUUCAAUAUAUAGGUGUUGAGUGUUUUGUCAGUGAGGUCCAUCAGAGGUAGGAAUUACUAGUGUGGUUAGAGGGGGCAUGUCCAGGAUCCGAGGCUGAGCUUGGAAACAGGUAAUCAGUCCAGAAUUCAAGUUUAGAGAAAGGGACACUCGGUGUCCGAAAGCUAUAUUGGCAAUAGUUAAGUAGUUGGACAAAUAAACAAAUAGAGCAAGGGUUAUCCAGGAACAGAAUUUGUCAAUAGUUAAACAGUCGUGUUUAUAGAUACAGAGUCCAAAUUUGAAGUUGGCAAGAUUUAAGCAGGCUUGUAUAAAAAUUUUUAGAGACUGAUCUCUCUAGUUGGCCUCGGCCUAUGGCUAUCGUGGCCUACCGAGCGUCUGCCUGAUGGCCAAUCCGGGCCUGUAUCUGAACAAGAAAAGGUUAACUCCAACAUGGAGAUAGAGUACCUGCAAAGUCAAAUACACACAAUUGCAAAACAAGCACUGUGAGACUCGAUAAUCAAGCAAUGAGUGAUCGAUUACCGUAACCAGAUUUUAAUAGGAGAGACCAUUGAAUUCAGACCUAAUUAACCCUUCCAGCAGAGAAUAUCCUAUUAAACAUUGGAAGACUUUCCUAACUACUCAUGUGUACUUAUUUGACUGUUCUUUCCCUUUUGUAAUGACACUGUAUUCAUAAGAGCACAGUAUAAUUGCAGCUCGACCAAUAACGGUACACUAUUAAAUUUCGUUGAUAAGAUUAGGGUUAGGAGAUGCUAAGGCUUAUAGUGUAGUUAGGCUGGGGAUACUUAGAAAUAGGAACUACAUGAAUACAAUAGUGAGGAUUUCUACAAGUAAUGUAGAUUUUUAUACACGAAAACACAUUUAUUAUUUACCUAUCCCUUAUAUUUAACAAAUAUCUCGGGAGUAAUGUUUUCCAUUUAAGAGGGUUGGGGGUUGUUUACUGCAACCAAGAAUAAAACAUUUUUUAAAAUGCCAUUUACUAAUAUUAUUGUUUUUUUAUUUUAAAUUAUUACAUUUCAUCACUUGUGGUAAAUAGUCUAAAAGAGAUUUCCCGUAUUCAAAAAGUUCUUUCCUAAGUCAAAACACAUAAAUCAUAUGGAUAUUGAAUUACUAAAACUUAAGUUAAAAAAUUAAAAUAAAAUAAAUACUACUGAACAUAAUUUGUAAUUCCCUCAAUGAGAAAAGUCAAGCUGCUGCAGAUCUUCAUCAGUGCCUACCCUGAGCAAAUGAUCACUUUCGAAAACUGUCAUCAGGCCUUAGAGCCUAAAUGUGAUUAUAAAAUGAUGUUGCACUGCUCUCUGGUGGCACACUUUAAUCAUUGCAUAACAGUUAUAUAAUAAAGAGUCAAUGAAAAACUAGUCAAAAACAACACUCCAGCAGCUGUAAACAAAUUUGACUCCCAUUAAGUUCACAUGCCUACUGGCAGUAUAGGAUUUAGGGGGACAAUUGCCUCCCUGCCCGCCGUCCCAAUCCGCCCCUGGUCUUUGUGCACCACCUAACUAACAAUGAUUGAUAGCACUGCAUUGGGGUUUGCUAUAAUCCUAUACACAGUGAAUAAAGUCUGUCAGUCUGGUUUCUGCGCUAAGCACUCUGUGGAAAUGGCACUGACUAAAGUAUCCAAUGAUCUACUCGCUGCAAAAUCUCAUGGUCACUACUCUAUCCUAAUUCUCCUUGACCUUUCUGCGGCUUUUGACAUUGUUGAUCAACAACAGCUUCUUCUCAUCCUACGUGAUAUCGGUCUACAAGAUAUUGCUCUCUCCUGGUGCUCCUCCUACCUCUUCCAGCGCUCUUUCUGUGUUUCUUUCUCUGGCUCUGCUUCUUCUGCCCAACCCCUCUCUGUUGGUGUCCCCCUAGGUUUACUCUCUGGUCCCCUACUGUUCUCCAUCUAUACUGCCUCCCUUGGUAAACUCAUUAGCUCCUUUGGCUUUUAAUGUCAUUUCCAUGCAGAUCACACGCAAAUCUAUCUUUCCUCUCCUGAUCUCUCCCCGUCCCUCUUGACUAGUGUCUCUGGCUGCCUCUCUGCUAUUUCUAACUGGAUUGCUGCCCACUUCCUUAAACUCAAUUUGACCAAAACUGAAAUUCUGGUGUUUCCUCCCUCAAGUGUUGCUACUCCUGUGUCUGUCUCCCUCCAAGUCAACGGUGCUAACAUCAGCUCCACCACGCAGGCACGCUGCCUAGGUGUUCUCUUUGACUCCGACCUCUCCUUCACGCCUCAUGUCCAGUCUAUAGCCAAAUCUUGCUACUACAAUCUUAAAAACAUUACGCGCAUACGACCCUACUUAACGCAAGAUGCGACUAAGGUACUGGUCCAUUCCACUGUCCUUUCUCACCUUGAGUACUGUAAUCCGCUUCUCAGUGGUCUUACAGGCUCCCAACUUGCACCGUUACAGUCCAUAAUGAAUGCGGCGGCGAGGCUUAUCUUCCUGUCCGCCCGCACCGCCCACGCCUCUUCUUCUGUAAGUCCCUACAUUGGCUUCCUGUAAGAUAUAGGGCUCAAUUUAAAAUUCUGUUUUUUGCUUUCAAAUCUCUACAUAAUGCUGAUCUCACCUAUCUAUCCUCCCUAAUACACAAGUAUGUCCUGUCAACGUCCUUACACUCUGCUGAAGACUUACGUUUAUCUUCUGUCCGUACUCCCACCUCUGAUGCUCGCCUUCAAGACUUCUCGAGGGCUGCACCGUUCCUGUGGAACUCACUUCCCUCCUCCGUUAGAUGCUCACCCAGUCUCCACUCCUUCAAAAAAUCAUUAAAAACCCACUUCUUCAUAAAAGCAUAUCAAUCAAAACUAUUAAUAGCUGAUUCCUCUCCUGCAACUGUCAUUAGUCUAAUACUAUCCUUACCUUUUGUGUCACUUUACCCCACUCCCUCUAGCAUGUAAGCUCAUUGAGCAGGGCCCUCAACCCCUGUGUGUCCAACUUGUCUUGUUACAACUACGUUUGUUCGUCCACCCACUGUAAAGCGCUGCAGAAUUUGUUAGCGCUAUAUAAAUAAUAACAUAAUAAAGUAUUAAUAAUCACGUAAUCAGCAAUGUUCUAUUUUCGCUAUAGAUUUACAUUUGCUCCUGUCCUGAUCAAUAUAUAUGUAUAAAGAUUCCUCCAUAAAUGUCCAAGCACAAGAAACAGACAUUUCAACAUUUUUAUUUUCAAUACGACUUUUUAUUUAUUGAGCUUUUCCAUAAACUACUUAUAACCCUAGAUAUGCUGUCUGAUUUUUCUCUACAAUAACAUUCUAAACUACAAAAAAAAUUCAUUUAAACAAUCAUGAUGGUGCCUUGGAAAGGUCAUUUUCUUUAUUCUGAUUCCUACAGAUAUUCCCUAAACAAAAAUGAACUUGAACUCCGAAUCAAGCUAUAGAGAUAAGGAAGUAGUCGGAAAGAAUUAAGUAGAAGGAAUCAAAGCCGAAACAAUUAGACUGGGAUAAAACUCAGUGUCUCUCAUCAAAAUUAGAUUUUUCAAAUCUACGCUAUGAAAUCUAUAAUUUUUCACAAUAAAUUAAUUACCUAUAUAGUCAAAUAUCAGCAAAAUACACAAAUACAUAUUUUCAGAGGGGGAAAUUAUGAAACUAAGCAGUGUUGGGGACACAGGGCUGUUCCAGCCCCCACUAGUGAUACAAACAGAUAAGGGAAACAUGCAGUGUUACAGUUCUUUUGCCUAAAUCUAUCAUUUGGACAAAAAUAUUGUUUGCAUUUUUUUUAAAGGCGAAUGACCAAUUCAGCUCAGACUUUUCUCAGUGUAAUUUCAUUAAAUAGAAAUAUAGGUAGUAUCUUUGUUUUUCCCCUUAUUUUCCUGUCUAAGCUCAAUCUAUUUUCUUCACUUCAUCUAGGAGUCUUCCCUACUAUAUAUGCUUGCUAUGUCCUAUGUGUAUAGAUUAUUUUGUGACUGGCUUACAGAAUACGUUUUUGUUGCUGAUCUCGUGCACUUGUCCUAUGUGAACCUCAUUACCAGAUUUUUAGCAGGAGUUCAUAUAAAAUUUGUAUUUGCUUAUUUUUUUUCCCACGAGGCACUGGAUUGGAUUUUAGUGCUAUGUUAACAAAUGUACAUGAAUACAUUAUUAUUAUUCUAUAACAUAGUUCCUUUACACAGUUACUUUCCAACGCAUUGCUUUUUCAUAGUUGUAUUUUGCAAGUGUACAUUCUAAGGCUGUAAAUUUCAGUAUAACUAUGAUAAUACUAUUUGGUUCCAUGUAGAAUCAUUUAUAUACAAUGAUGGGUUUUCUCAAGAGACUUAUCUAUUCCAAAAUUUUGACACAUGGCUCCUAACCUGCAGGUAUUCUUUGUAUAUAUAUAUAUAAAUAAAGUGCUUAUCAGUUUUUCAGAGACAGCAGUUGUCUCCAGGACUUGUCAGCAAUUGACAAACCAUCUCAUUCCCAUCCCAUUGGCUUAUCAUCUCCAUCACUAGCCUCACUGUUUGAAAUUCAAUAGGAAUCAGGUUUUUUUUGUUUUUUUGUUUGAUGGCUCAAAACUGUCAAAUGAAACAAAAAUUAAAGUGAAAGCUACCUACACAAAGAGCAAAAACAAAGGAUGUUUCAGAUCAGAUAAGGCAUGUAGGCAAUUUGAAAUUAGUAGCAACCUUUUGAUGACUUGUCUAAAGGGGAUAACGUAAUUUUGAAUGUUCAGUUGAAAUAUAUAUCCCAUGAUUAUCGUACUAUUAAAGGGACACUAUAGGCACUAAAACAGCUUUAAGUUAAUAAAGCAGUUUUUGGUGUACAGAUCAUGUCCCUGCAGUCUCACUGCUCAGUACUCUGGAGUUAAAUCCCUUUGUUUAUACAGCCCUAGUCACACCUCCCUGCAUAUUAUUUGCACAGCCUUCCUAAACACUUCCUGAAAAGCAACCUAGAUAUUCUAGGUUCCGCUAUCACACAGUCUGUUUAAUCUAGAAUUCGCAUCUCCAACUCUGUUAAUAGCCUUCUAGACCCUGCAGGAACCUCCUGUAUGUAAUUAAAGGUUAAUUUACAGAACAGGAGCUAAAAACUUCUAAAGCAAGUUAAGGUAUGAUUGAAUCUGAAACUAUGUUUCAUGCAAGCUGUAUGAAUCACAGCCAUUGGUGGUGUGACUAGGGCUGCAUAAACAGAAACAAAAGUGAUUUAACUCCUAACUAGCAGAGAAUUUGAGCAGUGAGACUGCAGUGCCAUGAUAUAUACACUUAAACUGUUUCAUUAAGCGAAAGUUGUUCUGAUGCCUAUAGUAUCCCUUGAACUUAUAUAUAUGCUCAUUACAAUUUAAUGAAUACGGCUAAAUUAAAUGUCAUUUUUCAUUAUCACGUAAUGGAAGAAAACAAUUUUUUUUUUUAAUAUGUGAAUUGCCUUUGUUUCAAAUUCUGUUUGCUGAUCUUGUUUUCAUUUGUACUGAUGGCUACGUGUUGUUUUGCAGGAUGUUGCUCUGUAUGCAUUCAAUGCACGAAGCAGCUAUGAAGUCAGUCUAAAACAGGGUGAACCAGUAGUUAUUCUGGAGCCACAUGACAAGAAGGGAAGUCCAGAAUGGAGUCUAGUGGAGGUUGGCGGUCGAAAAGGCUAUGUACCUUCUAACCAUCUGGGGAAAGUUCAAAUGCCGAACAGCCCCAGUGCUGCAUCAAUAUACAGAUGACUGAAACUCCAAUAAUCAGAAUCUUGUUCAGAAACUUAUGUGGUGAUGAGGAUUGACAUGCAUAUCCUAGAAUGCCAUGAAUAUUGGAAACAUAUGUUGAUUACCUGACUGGUAAAUCUAUAGAAGUUCAUGUGUGGAUAUCGAUGGGGAGAAACAAGACUUACUUUAUGUGCACAAUUCCCACUGUUCUUCAACUAAUGAUGUUCAAAAUCAUUAAUCUAUGCAUAUACUGUGAUUCAGCUAUGAAAAAGAGAUGGCCAUGUCAACAAGUACAUUAUGAAAGUAAUUAGCAUAGAGAAAAUUCAUGCCUUUGUUACCAUGCUGCUUCAUAAUGCUGCCUCAUUGAGGCCAGAGUUCAGAGGAAACUAAGAGAUGCUUAAAUAUUAAGAGUAUCUAUUUUCUUUUAAAAUAAAUUAUAUAACUGUUCACGUUCCUGUCAAAUAUAGGGGUGGUUACGAUUGCAGAUUAUUUAUCAAUAUUGAUAUUAUUCAACUUAAAAGCACUUUAUGCCUCACUUGAAGGAACUUCUAAGAAAAAGGUAAUACUAAUACAUAACACAAUUAGGUGGUGUGCAUGGUUUUACAUCACUCUGAUCAUGACUGCGAGUACCCAACCAAGAAGUCUUUAUGAUGGCAACUUUAAUUCUGCUAUGUUACUAUAGUCUAUCCCAGUUUCUAUAGUCCAGCACGGUUUGUCCUACCCUUCAUAUGGACAUGAGAUUCUGAGCGUUUAUAUGUCUUACAUAUUUAAAUCCUAUGACUGCAUCAUGCUUUGGUGUAUUUUAGUAACUAUCCAUGAAAAAAAGUUUAUUUAAACUAUGCAUUAAAAUAGCCAGUCUUCCCCCCAUUCAUUAGAGUACUAAUGGCCAGUAUGUGAUGUGUGUUCAGGAUCCAUUCAUAUUACAUUAGGCAGAGAAAUAAUGACACUUUCAUGAAAAUAUGCAUUAAAUGAGAUUAAUAGAUAAUCUUUAAAAAUGAUCUGAUGUAAGAUUUAAACUAUAAACAACAUUUUAAAGUAGGGAGAAGAUCCCAUUGAAAAUAUCAAUGUGCACAUUUAUUAAAGGUGAAAGUCAAAUAACAGAAGUAAAUGAGCUCAUAUUGUAUGUAGAUUUAAAUCUAUUUUUGUACAAACAGCUUUGUUGAUAGUGGCCCAAGUAAAGGAAGAACAUUAUCCUGUGUUCAGUGUAUAACUCCAAAAGAAUGACCUCUAUCAAGGUUUACAAAUGUAAGUGGAGGGGAGAUCCAUUUAAUGCAGCUAACUCUAUAUGACAUUAUGGAUCAGAACAGUCUACAGAUCAGUCCCUGUCCAAUUCAUAAAACUAUAUAUAUCAUUUAUUUGUUCCCGUCUGGUAUUAAAUGGACACUAUAAGCACCUAGAUCACUUCAUCUCAUUGAAGUGCCCUGGGUGCAGUGACCCUUUUACCUUAAAUCUUCGAUGUAAAAACAUGCAGUUUUAGAGAAAACUGUUUUGGCUGGGUGCGUCAUGUGUGUUGGAAUAUACUGUGUGUGUGUGUGUAUGGGGGGGGGGUGUAAUCUGUGUGUUGCGUGUGCACUGUGUGUGAACUGUGUGUGGGGUUAACGUUGUGUGUGUGGGGUGCACUAUGUGGGGGGUGGAGGGGGUGGAAUAGGGUUUAAAAUGUAAUUUUAAUAUAUUUCAAAUAUUAUUUUUCCCCAUCCCUGUUCUUCCCUUGCAGGGAAUUGGACAUUCAUGUCCCUGGAGGUUUGAGUAGACUGCCUAUCUUCUGGGUGCAGGGAGGACAGCGGGAGGUCUACCUCUGCCGUGCACUCCUCUUAGAGCGUUGCUGUGGGUUACCAUGCCAAGGCUUGGACACUGUAUGUGCUGGUGCACGCAAGAGGUGCAGUCUUACAGGACAAGUAUAGACCUCCCAGUUCCCCUCUGCCCCAGCACUAUGGCAACCCCCUGCCUGACAUAAAAGUGUGGGAUCAGUCAGGGAUAUUUUUUCCCUCUCCCCACAUGUCUAUUAAGUGUUCCCACGAAUUUCUUUCAGGACUCGAGCCCUGUAUAAUAUUCAAUUUAAUCCCAUGUAAUCAUGAUUUAUAAAGGUGUUAAAGGUCAAUUUUCACCAACAAAAAGUGUAUUUUAAAUGAACCCAUUUAUAUGUUAAAUACAACACUUCUUGGAGCUCCCUCCUCCUUCACUUUAUUGUUAUGUACAUUGCAAAUGUUGGAAAUUAUAUAAUUCUUUGCUAUAUCCUUUUGCAUAAAGAACAGUAAUGCUUUGGACCAGUGGAUGAAGCCAUGUUUAUUCCUUAAAAAAAGCAAACAGACUUUACUUAAAGCUUGUGUACUGCACAUCACGUGCUAAGGAUUGUGUGUCUGGAAAGUGCAUCUUUGUUUAAAAGGUUUUACCACAUUUUUGGAGUGUGAGCAUACCGUACACGAUGCAAAAUUAUAAGUAGAACUCGGGGGAGGGGGGGAGGGAAUUAAUAAAUAAACAUUCUAAUUAUAAAUAAAUUAUCUCCGUAACCCCAAGUUGGCAUUGUGUUCAGCUUGUACAGGUUUCAGCAUUAUGUAGCUCACUAUUGUGAAUAUUUUAAAAUCGGAUAUUAUUUAGGACUCUAGUUAGAAUUUAGGUUUGGUCACUAACAUAUAAAGAAUGGCACUGUACAAGCACAGAGUGCGAUGUAUUAAGUGAAAAUAAAGCUAUUUAGACUAGCCCACUAUUUGGUUUUCUUAUAAUAAGAGUUAUAAGAGUUUUAGAUGUGUCUCCCUUUACACUGUAAAGGAAAAUUUGUGAUUAUAAUAAACUCCGCUUUGGCUGCUACUGUAAACCGUACAAUAAAUAAUCCUCGUGACUCACAUACCAGACUGGAUUGUAAUCGGUUGUCCUUUAUCUGAAACAGACAGAGGGUGGUUUGUUUACCUGAAUGGAAUUAACAUAGACUUUUAGCUGGAAAUCAUGAGUUGACGGAGUGCAAUGCAUACUUCCAGAGGCAAACUAUGUUCCCCUCAAUAUCAGAACAAUUUACAAUAGGAUAUCCUAUACAUGAAAUGCAUGAAAUAUCUAG